GAUUGUUUUCCUCAGGCAUCAAUGGGAGUCCUGGUGGUAAAGAAAGUCUAUUUUCACCAAGGUUCUUAAAUAACCAUUUGGCUGAAAGGCAGUGCUUAUUUGUGACAGAUGGACUGUGGGUACAGCUGCUGUUAACCUUCGUGGACAAAAUAUCCACCCAAGAGGACACCUGAGCUGUGAGGCACAGACGCCAAAUUGACCUGCAAACCCAAAUCCAGAGGCUAAUUUGCUUGGUCUGUUGCCCAUAUGGAACCUCUGUAUUUUUAUUCAUUGUUAAGUGGGGCGGGGUGGGUGGGUGAGAUCCAGCUAUACAUAGGUAUGCAUGGGUAGAUGCUGGACCCAGCUGUGGAUGGGUCAGUCGGUAUUCACUUGUUGCCAUCAGUCCUCUGUAACAUAGAUUUCUCCGUCUUAAUUAUUAUGGGUCUAGAUCAGCUCUUCUUUUUGUCAGGCCUCUGUCUUCACUUGGUCUCCCCACAUGUAGGCCUGGUGACAGCAAAAGCCUCAGAGGAUGACCUGUUUGAAUCAUAGAAUCAUAGAAUCAUAGAGUUGGAAGAGACCACAAGGGCCAUCGAGUCCAACCCCCUGCCAAGCAGGAAACACCAUCAGAGCACUCCUGACAUAUGGUUGUCAAGCCUCUGCUUAAAGACCUCCAAAGAAGGAGACUCCACCACACUCCUUGGCAGCAAAUUCCACGGUCGAACAGCUCUUACUGUCAGGAAGUUCUUCCUAAUGUUUAGGUGGAAUCUUCUUUCUUGUAGUUUGGAUCCAUUGCUCCGUGUCCGCUUCUCUGGAGCAGCAGAAAACAACCUUUCUCCCUCCUCUAUGUGACAUCCUUUUAUAUAUUUGAACAUGGCUAUCAUAUCACCCCUUAACCUCCUCUUCUCCAGGCUAAACAUGCCCAGCUCCCUUAGCCGUUCCUCAUAAGGCAUCGUUUCCAGGCCUUUGACCAUUUUGGUUGCCCUCCUCUGAACACGUUCCAGUUUGUCAGUGUCCUUCUUGAACUGUGGUGCCCAGAACUGGACACAGUACUCCAGGUGAGGUCUGACCAGAGCAGAAUACAGUGGCACUAUUACUUCCCUUGAUCUAGAUGCUAUACUCCUAUUGAUGCAGCCCAGAAUUGCAUUGGCUUUUUUAGCUGCCGCGUCACACUGUUAGCUCAUGUCCAGUUUGUGGUCAACCAAGACUCCUAGAUCCUUUUCACAUGUACUGCUCUCAAGCCAGGUGUCACCCAUCUUGUAUUUGUGCCUCUCAUUUUUUUUUGCCCAAGUGCAAUACUUUACAUUUCUCCCUGUUAAAAUUCAUCUUGUUUGUUUUGGCCCAGUUCUCUAAUCUGUCAAGGUUGUUUUGAAGUGUGAUCCUGUCCUCUGGGGUGUUAGCCACCCCUCCCAGUUUGGUGUCAUCUGCAAAUUUGAUCAGGAUGCCCUUGAGUCCAUCAUCCAAUUCGUUGAUAAAGAUGUUGAAUAAGACCGGGCCCAAGACAGAACCCUGUGGCACCCCACUAGUCACUCUUCUAAUUUGGGGCUAGUUUGCUCUCAUUCUAGUUUGGGGCUAGUCCUGAGAGGCAGGUGGUAAGACUGGAGUUGAACCAAAAGUUCUCCUAUGAGAUUUUUUGUAUCUCAUGGGAUGAGAUACAUCAACAUAUCUUUCAGCCUCUCCCUCCCACCGUCUAAGACCACCCCCCUUUUUAUAAAGAGUUCUUGAGGAUUUUGAUCUUCUGAUUCUGCUAUGAACUGACUCUUUCCACACCUUCUGGACUAGAGUAGAACUGAUUCAGCUUUUCUGAUGCAGUGAAGAAGCAAAGAAAAUGAAAACUGCAUUUUUAAAAAAAUAAUGUGCAGUUUAAGAGAAAACAUAUUUAGAAAUUUACCUAUUUAAAUAAAUUGUGCAGUUGUUUUUUAUAAAUCUUAUUAAUACAGAAAUGUAGUGGAAUGGAAUUAUAAGUGGACACAUGUGGAAGUGAUCCUUAUUUCUUAGCAAUGUCAAGUGUAUACCUGGCAAGGGUGUGUGGCCAGUAGACACAGCAGCAUUAGAGUACGGGAUGGGUGAGCACCACCAGUCCCUCUCAUGUCUUCAGUUAACACAUGUAAACAUCCCUAAUUUCUCCUGGGCUUUGUGGAUUCAGCUGGUGGGGAGCUAAUUUGUUCAAUGCCUGAAAGCAACUCUCAGCCUAGGAUAGGGGUAGCCAACAUGGCACUCUCCAGAUGUUUUUGGACUCCAACUUGCAGCAGCCUCAGCCAACAUGGCUAACAGUCAAGGAUGAUGGGAACUGUGCUCCAGUAACAGCCAGAGCGCACCCUGCUGGCUGCUUCUGGUCUCCAAGUUCACCUGAUGACUUCUCCAGAGAAGGGUUGGGCAGGAGGCAGAGUGGAAUCUCUGGGUGCUUCACAGUUGAUCAAGGAGAGUUUCUGGACUUCCAAAUUGUUUAAGAAUGAUAUGACUUUUGCCACUGCAAUUAAGCAGCUGAAAUGAAGAAUGCUAACCAGGAAUGGGCUUUCUGUGCACAAGGACUGUGGCCCCAGUUAAGGUCUGGCAUGGCAGACAAUAACUUAGGUUCAGAAUGUGCACAAAGGAACCCAGUUCAUUCAUUCUAGCUGUGUGCUUUUUGCACCUCCAGUAGAUCUAUUGAAAAACCUCAGAGUUGAUCUGAAAAGCCUGAACCCAUCGCUGCUCUAGAGGAUCUGGUUGAGCUGUCACACAGGAUAACCCAUAAGCAAUAAAUAAGCCUGAUGCCCUGUAUCAACUGUAUCAACUAGAGUGAUAAUUCACAUUAGUCAGUGACCUAUUUCUGAAAGUGCUUGAUGCAAGGUAUUAUGAAGGAACGAGAUGCCUUUCAGGCAGGAUUCUUUGGUUUUGAGCAGGCAGCUAUUUGAGAUUCAUAGCAGAGGAAAGCUAUUUCAAUAACUCUUCAUAACAGCUUUUUAAAAAUAAAAAUAAAAAGAACAACAACCAACAUUGAUUUGUUCCUUUCCUUUCCUUUGGCAGGAUGAAAAGAACCAAGUUUUAACCACCAACAUUUGGCUACACAUGGUGAGUGUUAAAGUUUAGAAGUUUCUUUUAAGAGGGUGAUUUUAUCAGUAGCUUAGGAAGUUCUCAUAUGCCAAGAUCUAGCUCCAGAUUGUCUACACUGACUAGCAGUUGCUCUCUGGGACUUCAAGCAGGGGACACCCCAGCCCUUCCCAGAGAUGCUGGGGAUUAAACCUGGGACCUUCUGCAUGCAAAGCAGAGGCUCUAUCAUGGAGCUACAGCUCCUCCCUUUAAAAGAAACAUGUGGGCACCAUGGAAAGUGAAACUGCAGAGACCCAGAAGGCUGCUAUAUAUCAAGCCAGACCAAUGGUCCAUCUAGUUCAGUAUCAUCCACACUGACCUGCAGCAGCUCUCCAGUUUUCCAGACAGGAGUGUUUCCUCAGUCCUACAUAGAGAUGCUGGGGAUUGAACCUGGGACCUUCUGCAUGCAAAGCAGAUGUUCUACAGUAAAAACAGCAAAAAGACCUUAAAGGCUAACAGAAUAUGACAAGCCCAAUAUUUGCUCCUUGUGAUUGGUUUAGUGAAUGAAUUCAUUUAAUGAAAUAUUGAUUCUUUUCCAUUGUAAGAUAUAUAUCAGAGAGUGUCAGACAUUAACUGCUACUGCAUGCCAGCUGUCAAAUAUGGUCAGACAUGCUGAGUGUGUCAGUAAGUCAUCUGUCCACUCUUGUGAAAUCCCGACUACCAUGGUAGGCCAGCUAUCAGAUGUUGUCCCAAAUGGACAGCAUUGACUUUCACCUUCCUCUGGUGGCACCACAACUACGAUGUGUAAUGGAAGGUGAGAGGCAUGGAGGGGGGCGUGCCAAAUGUUGGUGUUGUACAGAGCACCACUGAAAUUUGAAACCCCAAGGUCUGCCACCGACAUGGAUAGUACACACAUCAAAUGAGCAAACAUCCCUUAAUCAAAAGCGAGGAGUGCUCACAAGGACUCCUGAAGUCGUCUGAAUCUGGAAGUUAACUUCAUAAAUUUCUACUCUCUUUUCCCAUCCCUCCACUUUUUUCACUGCAUUCAUUUCCUUCUGAAAUAUACUUGGAGUUGAGUGUUGAUUUCAUGCUCUUUAUUUCAGCUCAUGGUCAUCAGUGAGUGAAUGAGUUUCCCCCCAAAACCUCUGGCUAUAUAUACAUUAUUUACACAAUGGGUCCCACAUGAUUGGCUGAUUCAAUUCCCCUCCUGGAGCCUGAUUGGGCUGCUCCUGCAGCCCAGGCAGGUUGCUGAUUGACUUCCUCCUGGACCCGGAUUCGGCAGCUCCUGCAGACCAAUCAAGUUGCUGCCUUCUAGGAUCUUACCUGCCUAUUGUUCUAGGAUCCAAGCUCAGUACAUAACACCUUCAGUAUCAACCAUCAGUUACAUCAAAGAGCUCUUUGCUCACAACUGACUGUAUUUCAGAAGUUGCACGGUGCUUUGAGCAGCAGGACACAGUGACAUAACGGUGUUACUAUAAAUUGACAUGAAGUGUAUUUACACAACUCCAUUUUAAACAAUUUGAGGGGAGAGUUACAGGAUGCAGAACAAGGGACACUGCGGAAGAUAAAGAACUAUUCAACUGGAAAUGCCAAAAAAUGGGAAUUAUUUUCAUAUGUGGUGGAAACACCAGUAUAUUUUAAAAAUGGGAAAAAGUUGAUAGUUUAAUAAGAAACCAGCUACAUAUAUGCAAGGUUCCUCCCCUUUCUUUUUACAGUCCUCCCCAGUACCAAGUACUGUUUUUGCUGCCCAUUGCAUCCAUUUUGUGCUGGCACUCACAGCACUUUUAUCAACGUAUGAUUUUAAAAAACACUGCAUUGUAAGGAAUGGACACAAGGAACUUGUCUCUUAUAUGUUGAAAGCAUCAAGGUUACUGUAUGCAAGCAAGUGAAGAUUGCAAACCAACCAAUCAAUAGAAUGGAUUGAUAAACACUGGGAAUUUGUGUCAAUGACAACAUUAACACAUUUUAUAAAAAUAAACCAGAAAAAGACAGUGGCAAGAUAUUUUUGAAACAAACUAGGAAGCAUUUAUUGAAUAAUGAAGACAAGGCUUUUGCACUACUUUGAAUUAGAUUAUUUGAAAUACGAGUAUACAAGCUGGAUUUUUUAAAAACAUUUUUUUAUUAAAGAUUUCUUGGUUUACAAAAGUAUGUGCAAUGUCAAGUUACAUUUUCUACAUAUCAGUUUCAUUUGUUGAGACAUUAGUGUUACAUUAGGAAGAAAAUGGGGAAAGCAUGAUGUGAAGACAAGGGCUCUCUGCCCCUCUUGUUUUCCAGCAACUGGCGCUCAGAAGCAUUUCUGCCUCCGCUGUGGAGGCAGAGCAGAGCCAUCCUGGAGAGGAGCCUUUGACAGCCAUCUCCUCCAUGAAUUUCUCUAAUCCUCUUUUUUAUAGUUUUUAUUAAAGAAUUUCCUUUGUAAGAAAUAAACAAAAAGGGAUACUGUCAGGGAACUGACAUCGGAGCUAGAGGCAGAGGGAAGGCUCUCAAAUGAUGCUGGAGAAGGGCCCAGCAGGGAGAGAGGCAGCUCAGCAGAUGGGGAAGCAAUUCAGCGCAACACCAGGAAUAAAGGGGGGCAGAUGGGGGAAUCGGCGAGAGGGCUCCAGGACGCUUCACCGGACACCAGCGGGGAGAGCACGGGUCCUCCGCUACCCACGCCCUCCCUUCGCAGAAGGCUUCCGCGCAGGGAGAGUAGGAGGAGACUUGGCGUCAAACAACUUUUAUGUUGGAAAAGGUUUAAGAAACGCCCACUGACGGAUUCUGCUAGCGACUGAGGCAGCCACGAAGUGAAGGGCUGUCCAGACAGAAAGGUUUAACAAGGCAACAUAGCCAGGAGAGGCGGCAACUUACGCACGAGCAACCCAUACUCAUUACAGGUACCUAUAGUGUUUCCACUUUCAAUUCAUAGUCUUUUUCACAGUUCAUUUGCAUUCAGUAUGAGACACUGUUAUAUACUGUACGUUAUUUGGGGGGAAAGUGAGAGGAGGGGGAAUAAUGAUCUUUCGUUCUGUUGCAUAGUGCUUGUGCAGGGUUUUUAUGCCAGCCUCACAUGGUUAAGUCCUUUAUUCAUAUAUUUAUUUUUGUUACAAAGCCAUCUAGCUCGGUAGCCAUUACUGCCUCCCACGGCAGUGAGUUCCAUGGUUUAACCAUGUGUUGCAUAGUUAAACAUAUUGGCUGAUUGAUACUGAUGAGACAAAAAAAAGAAGUUUGUCUUUUGCUGCCAUUGCAUUUUAAAAGAAGAUGUGGAAAAGGCACAAGUUAUUUAUAAAAGUAAGAAAACUUUUCAUCAGCUUUAAAAACUGGUCCCAGAAGAACCCAGGCAGUUUAAUCAAGGACAGAUUUAUCAGUGUCACAAGCACUGGGAGAGACAAGAGCUAAUCACUGGGCAUCCUGACUGGAGACGACCUCCAGCAGUUGACAUCUGUAGAGCUGGAGGGCACACAGGAGCACCGCUUUGGUCAUUUGCUGCUUUGACAGGGUUGUAAACAGCAUACUGAGUUGCAAAAGAACUGCCCAAUACAAACAAAAGGAAAAAAACAUAGUGCAGAUUGGAGCUAAACAAGAGGUCAAAUUUCCCUGGAAUGAGGCUUUCAUGCAUUGCGUGGAGCAAAACAAUCAUCUGGGGGAAAUGUGUGACUUUCUGAAGCUAAAACUAAUGAUUGGAGCACUGGUGUGAAAUUAUAGGAACCUGCCUUAGGUGAUCUCCACUUAACCUUGCGCAGAAGCUGGCUGGGUAGUGCAAAUCAGUACAGGAUCUUCAGCCCACCAUGUUUCUUUGUCCCCUGUUGUUUGAGGUUGGUAGCUCACAAGGCUGCAGUCAAGACAAACACAAUGCAAAGGAGGAGGAGCCUUGCAAACGUUUAGGGCGGGAAUGUGGCCUGCCAGGCUCCUCUUCUGGCCCACAGGAUUCUCUCCAAGCCCUGCCCCUUAUGAGCCCCACACCAUGCUCUGUUCAAGUACUCUUGCCUGGCUGGAAGGUGGCCUCUUGCUUGCCUUUGUUUAUGUAACUGCUAAGAAAAGCCUGCCUUUCAGGGAUCAAAUCGUGAACCGAAAUGUGAGUAAACUUUUUGUUAUUUUACUCAGGAAGACUCUUGUGUCUUUAUUCUUUUAAGAGGGAUCAAAGGGGACACCAGGAAAUAAUCUUAACUAAGAGAUUCAAACAAAUCUGCAAACUAGCUUCCAGGUAAAUUAAGGGAAAUUUGCUUUGCUACAUCACUCACUAGUGUGAGUGAAGGAAGGAUAAUAUUUAUUCAAUAUAUCCUUUCCUACAAUCCUUAACAUUCCUAUAGCGACAAGGGUGAGCCAGCAGUAAAUAACCAAGCAAGCUGGAGUUAACUCUUUAUUAGCAGAACAGGAUCUGCACAGGAGUGUCAGGCUUAAUGAGCACAGCAACUCAGGUUAGGCUCACCAGGUUGCACCCAUCAUUGUGGGUGCCCAGAGUACACACGUGACAUCUCACACAUGUGUGACAUCACAUGCCGCAAUGGGAGGGCCUGAUGUGUAAAAGGUCCAGUCGUUCAGUUGCAUCUUGGAUCUUAGCCCCGGGGAGACAGCACACUUCCCGAGACAUCUUGUUAGGCCCACAGAUCACUGCUUCUGUUCCCCUCAGUAGGGAAUCCUCUAUCACCACUACACGCCUCCUCUUAGGUUUGGUCGGGGUUCUUCCGUGAGCUGUCCGUUCCAAGGUCGCCUGCACAUUCCCUGAGGACUGACUUUGCUGCUCGUCUUCAUAUACCUGAUCGACUGUAAUGAGGAGAGAUCCUCAAAUGGAGUCUGCUCUUUGUCUUCCAUGCUAGGGAGAGGACCUCAAAGCGAUUGUGUAUUUCUAAACAAUCAGAGCGAACCCUGGGCCUCCUACUUCUUUGAGUCACGUUUCUCCAUAUAUCUGGCUCCUGUGUUGGUGAACUAGCCUCCUUCUCAGGGAGUCCCCUGUCUCCUCCUUGGUGGAGACGGUGUGCUCUGUUGCUUCCAAGAAGAGCUCCAGCUCUCUAAUUCUUUGGAGCGUAGCUACACAUUCCUCCAGUUGCUGGACUUCGUCUUCUAAGAGGGCAAUCAACAUGCAAUUGCUGCAGGUAAAGCUGCCUGCAACCUUUGGCAAGAUGGCAAACAUUGCGCAGGAACCGCAGGCGACUGCAGCUGUUCCCUCACCCUCCAUCUUGAGAACGUGUCAUUGGGGGUGGCUACAGCGGUCUUCCAUCAUAAAAAGCGUGAAGACAGGGCAAAUAACUCCCCCCAAAAAAACCCCUAGGUCUCCCCCAACAAACGUUUGAGACUAGCUCCCCUAAAUCUAAAAGAUGGAUCAAACUGCGCACGCCUAGCGGCGCGCGCCGCUGCCCUGCAAGCUCUGAUAAGUUCCUCCCACAGCUAAUCACCUACCUCAACAGAAACCCUGCCCCCCUCUGACCUUUGCACAGGGAGAGCAGCUAAUCAGCCACAAAGAAACACACACACACACACACACACACACACACACACAAACCCUUUUUGCUCCUUCUUCAGCUGCUGCCCUGCAGUCGUACUGGGGCUGAUAGGAACUGUAACUGAGCAACACCUGGAUGACACUUGUUGGGGAAGGCUGCAGGAGAGAAGCUAGAUGAACCAUCUGAGGCAGCUUCCUAUUUCCUCUGUGGAACCUUUAAUAUAUAUAUUCCAAUUUCAUGCUUGAGAUGGCACAAACUGUAAGUCACAAGCAGAGUGGCAUUUCUUUUACAGGCUGCUGUGUGCAACUGGGUGACCUAAAAAUGAAAUUUUAAUGCCUUCAGUUGUUCUCCCAACCCUCUACCCCCGCCUCAGUUGCUAAAUGCACAAUUUGUAGAAUCUGGGGCUUUUUUGCAAGUAAAAUGCCACUUCUUGAGAGUUCCAGGCAAGACAUUCAUCUGAGUCCUAACUCUGCCAUACUCUGGAAGGAACAAGCUACUGCUAGUAGAAAAUUAAAUUAACCUGUGUGUGUUUGCUUAUUAUUCUUAAUUUUCCAGUACUGGACAGACUACUAUUUACAGUGGAAUAUGUCAGAAUAUCCUGGAGUGAAGAACGUCCGUUUUCCUGAUGGCCAGAUAUGGAAGCCGGAUAUCCUUCUAUAUAACAGGUAGGCUUACAUGGUGCAAAAGGUGGGAAUUGUUGUUGUUGUUGUUGUUGUUGUUGUUGUUGUUGUUAUACAUAGUUUUCAUACCCUGCCCUUACUCCAAGAUAGGAACACAGGAUAGCUGAUGACAUAGAAUAUGCAACAGAGUACAAAAAAUAUACAAUAAAAUCAGUCUCAAAUCCAUGAUCAAAGACACUUUAAGCACAAAUCCGCAGCAUCAAGUAAUAAGUGCCAUCUCUUUAUGUUCUACUGAGCUGAAUACAGCUUCUGGGAGCUCACAAACAGGACUUGUAAGAAGGGCAUUCGCAAGGGCGUUUUGAGAAGGAGGCCUCACUGUGUGUACAGGGCCAAGAAACAUGGAUGGUGAGGGAGCUGUUGCAGUGACCUACCACAGCUGUGCCAUGUUUCUAUUUCUGCUGGCAAAAGUGCAAAACUAUACCUGCAGCAAGUGCAAGCUGGUUGCCUUGCUGGAAGAGAAAGUACAGCAACCUGAGGUCUGCCUAUCCACACUUCGAGCUACUGGGCAAGAUGAAGAAAUUAUCACGAUACCAGAGUGGACUCUCUUGGGACAGAGAUGCAGGGGGGAUGCCUCUAGGGAGGAGGGCGUUCACUCCAUGCAGGAGACAAAUCCCUGGAAGAAUGUGACACACAGAAGCGGGACUGUCAGGAGCCAUGCUGUGUCACUGUAGUUUCAAAACUGAUUUCACCUCAGACACCUUGCUGAGGAACAAGGACAGCAGUUAGUUCGGUAUUUUUAUUUAUUUACUUGAUGGGGGGGCAGCUGCCCCUUGGCUUUAUCCAUGCUUCCAGGUGAUGUUGUCAGAAAAGAUUUGGCUUCUUGGACCAUGGUCCCAAUUCCAUGAGGAACAACUUCUGGCAAGAUAUAGGUUGUAUCUCACAAUGGUUGGCAAGAAUGUGUUUGCUAAGACUCUUGUGAACCUGAUCAGGAGAGUGUUAAACUAAAUCCUGAGGAGGAGAGAGACAGUAUUACAGAUAAAAGGGGAAUACCUGGUACCGGGAAUAAUAGCUUCUUUGAUGCACAGGAAAGUGAGGUGGUGCUGCUGAAACCUGCUAAAGGGGAGGAAACUGCAAGAAGGAGGCAGCUGGAGGGAACAACUCAUGGUUUCAGUUGUCUCUACACAAAUGCACAUAGUAUGGGAAACAAGCAUUUGCGCUCUUAUUACAGGAUGGCAAAUAUGACCUGGAGGCAUUGCUGAAACCUGGUGGGAUGAGACUCGUGACUGAAAUGUAGGAAUUGAGGGGUAUAAUCUGUUCAAAAGAAAUCAACCAAACAGGAAGGGAGAAGCAGCAGCAUUAUAUGUAAGGGAUGUGUAUGCUUGUGAAGAAAUCCAAUACCUGCAGCAUGGAAGGCAGAUAGAGAGUGUAUGGGUAAAAAUUCUGUUAUAUCAUGUUGUUAUUAUUUAUUCUUUGUAAGCCAUUUAGGGAUUCACUUGAAUGAAAAAUGGCAUAGAAAUCUAAUAAAUAAAUAAAUAAAAUAAAAUCAAAAUGGUGUGCUUACCAAUGGUGUGUGUGUGUCUGCUGUAGACCUCCAAGCCAGACUGAAGCGCUAUGUCCAAGCAAUUUUUUAUCCCUGUGAUUUCCCUAGGAAAACCCUCAUUUUAUCACUUAAUUGGUGGAAACAGCAAUCUAUGGAAAACCUGGUUGCCAUUUGCUCUGAUUCAGUGGUAAAACAGGGGCUUUCCCAGGGAAAGCACCAGGAUAAAAAGCAACAAUGCUUGGACAGGGAGUUUUAAAGCCAAGACCUGUGUGGAAGUCUGGAAGAGUCCUAAGUGUGCUCUUUCAACCUAGCACAGCAAAUCCACUUUGGUUUUGAAAGUGAUGAGUAAAUGCAUUGAAAAGUGUGGGAUGAAUGAAUGAUCAGGAACCCAGAUAAAUACCUGCAAGCAAAUCAGGAUGUAUAAGUUCCUUACAAACAAAUGACAAUGAAUUCUCAAGAACAACCAGACAAAGCCUACCCACCAUGCAAACAGCAGUUCUGGAUGAAAGCCGAAUAAACAGGUUGUCCAGAGAAACUGGAACUGCUGUUCAAAAUUCUUACUUUUUUGAAUUUUCUGAUGCAGUUUGACAACCAAAAAUGUGUAGUUCAGGAGAAAGAAUGCACAAAAUGUAUACUAGUGCCACUGGUGUGCAAAAGUGAAUAAUAUUGGGGGAAAUGGAUUGCAAAAAUGCAUCUGUUGGACAAAAAUGUGUGUGUUCAGAGAAAUGUACAUGAAAUUUCAUACGGAUUCUCAUGUAGCUUUUUUGUUUUUUUGUAAAUGCUUUUUAUUAACUUAUUAUUACAGCACAUACACACACGGCAUGUGGAAAACAAACUACAAAACUACAAAAGAAAACACAAAAUAAAUGAAAAACAUAUAGUGGUACCUCUGGUUACAUACUUAAUUCGUUCUGGAGGUCCAUUCUUAACCUGAAACUGUUCUUAACCUGAAGCACCACUUUAGCUAAUGGGGCCUCCUGCUGCUGCCGCGCCACCGGAGCACGAUUUCUGUUCUCAUCCUGAAGCAAAGUUCUUAACCCGAGGUACUAUUUCUGGGUUAGCAGAGUCUGUAACCUGAAGCGUAUGUAACCUGAAGCGUAUGUAACCCAAGGUACCACUGUAUACCCAUAUAUCUGCAAGUAUCUGCAUGUGGACUUAUGUUAGCCAAUCUUUAAUUCUUAUUCUAAUUCUAGUAGAUUUCAUUCCUCCUCAAUGCAGGUCUGAUUUUAAACUCGAUAAACUGUUUCUUUCUCAUUUCGUCUUUUCUACCCUUCUCCAUAUGUUGUAUUUGUAAACCAUAUUUUGUUUUGCAAUAAUUAUUCCAAGCAAGUCCAGGUUUUAAUUUGAGGGCACUGUUUUUGGUUUUUUAAAAAAAUCUCUGUACUUUCCCUGCUCUUUUUGAAAUUUUUGUUUAGACUGUUCCUUAAUUGCAUCCGUCAGUUUUGCCAACUUAAGGUAAUCAAAUAAUCUCUCUGGCCACUCUUUUGUGUAUCACUCUUGUGUAUCAGAGUGAUAAAAGCUUCUUCCCAUGAUUUUGGUCUUUCCCCCUUUUUCAAAAUUCCAUUCAUGACUUUUUUUCAUCGGAUCUGACAAUAUUUCUUCUAAUUUUUUGUAAUACACUGCAGAUAAACUGUCUGUACCUGGUGACUUUCUUGUCUUUGCUUUGGAAAUUGAUUGUUGCACCUCCAUCAUGGUUACUGGGGAGUGAGAAUAUAUUAGGAAAAGUGAGGGUGAUUUCAAUAGAAAGGUUUCAGCUUAAGAAUGGACCCCCGGAACAAAUUAAGUUCGUAACCAGAGGUACCACUGUAUUCCUUUCUCUCUCUCUUCUUUGGGUUAUAUUUUGUUGGAUGUAGAAGCCUUGAAUCACCGCUUUGCUUGCAUCCCAUACGGUAUUUAUAUCAGUUCCCCGGUUUAAGUUGUUAUCAAAGUAUUCUAUUGAAAUCACCCUCACUUUUCCUAAUAUAUUGUCAUUGUUUAGGAUGUUUUCAUUAAUUUUCCAUCUUCUUCUUGUUUUUCUUCCUUCUCUUAUUUCCAGCAUAGUUGGAUUGUGAUCUGAUAGUGUUUUUGAUUGAAUUUCUGCUUUUUUAUCUUUAGUAAUAAGUUUUUUGAGACCCAAAUUUUAUCAGUUAUCCUUGCAGAAUGUUUUGCUUCUGAACAGUGUGUGAAUUGUUUCUCAUUUGGGUGUUUAACUCUCCAUGCAUCUUGAAGAUUGAAGUUUUCUACCAGUUGGAAGAAGGUUAACGGUAAUCUCUCUUCUAUACUUUCUCUCUCUCGCAUUGUGCUAUCCAUAUCGAGUGAGGUAACACAGUUUAAAUCUCCUAAUAAUAUGAUCUUUUUGUCACAAUAGUCCAGCAGUUUAUCCUCCAGUUUUUUUGUAAAAUUCCACCUUCUUAUCAUUUGGUGCAUAGAUUCCAAUGAUAAUUAUUUUUUCUUUUUGAUAUGCCACUUUUAUUGCCAUCAUUCUCCCUUCUUCAUCCUUAAAUAAAGGCUCUAGGUUGAAUCUUGAGUUUGCAUAUAUAACUACCCCUCUUUUCUUAACAACAUCUGAGGAAAUAAAUUCAUCAACUAGUUUUUUUAUUAAUCAACACUCUUUUAUAUUAUAUUAUAUUAUAUCCCAUUUAUUUUUUCAAAGUAGAUGGCGAUGAAGAAGAAGAGUUUGGAUUUGACAUCCCACUUUAUCCCUACCUCUCUAGGUUCCCCUUUCCCCCACAAUUCCGCCCUCCUAAUGUCUUACAAUACUUCCUCCAAAAUUUCUCUACCUCACUUUCUGUUGUAAAUCUUUUUCUACUUUGCUUAAAGGUAAAGGAAAUAUCUUCUGGAAUUCCCAUCUGAAGGGGGUGUCAUUCUUUUUCAAUGCCUCAGCUAAGUAUUUAUAUUUUACCCUAUUCUUUAGCAAUCUUGCAGGAAUUUCUCUUAGUAUUAUAAUAUCUUUAUCAUCAAUUCUCAGCCCCCUUUUCCUGUUAGUUUGUAGGAUUUUAUCUUUUAGAAUUCUUGAAUUCAAGAACACAAGACAAUCUCCUGGCCAUUUAUUGGACCUCACAAACCUUGAUUUGACCCUGAACACUUUGUCCAUACAAAUAGAGAAAUAUUCUUCUUGGAUUUCUAGCCAUUUUGCCAGCUCCUUUAUUAUCAGUUCCUCGAUACUCUCUUCUUGUCUCUCUCUUAUUCCUCAAAAUCUCAGCAUCUGUUCUCUCUGUUGCAUCUCCUGUGUCACAACUGCAUCCAGCAUUGUUUCUUGCAUCUUUUUUUAAUUCCACAAGAUCUUCCUUCAUUUUCUCUUGGCUUUUCUUCAUCUCUUUACAUUCAUUCUGGUUCUUUUUCAAUGCUUUGUCCGACUUAUUGGAUUUCAUUUUUAAUUCUCGCCUAUCUGUGUCUAAUUCCUUACUUUUGUCAGAGAAUUUUUCAAUCUGUACAGAGAGGUCCAGAACUAUUUUUGAGUUCUGCUCUAUCUUAUUUCCCAUUAAAUCUAAUUUUACAUCUAACGCUUUCAUAUUUUCAUUCAUCUCUUUUUUCAUACCCAGUAUCAGUUCUUUAAUAUCUAAAUUGGGCUCGAUCUCUAUUGUGGAAGGGCUUCUUGAUUGUGUUCCAGGUGUUGCCGAGGUUACACCUGUUGCCAAGGUUACACCUGUUACCUGUUUUUUCUUUGUUGUCAUGUUGCUAUUUAUGUAUCAUCUAUAUGUUCCCCUUGUGAAUUGGUUCUUUAAUACCUUAUUCUUUCCGUGGUAGUUUUAUAAUUAAGAGUAAGAAAGUGAAAAGUUUCUUCAAGUUCUCAUCCUAUGUCUAAUCUAGUUUUCUAUGUUCUUUAUGGUUUCUCCCUAUUUUCCUCCUCCUCCUCUUGCUGUCUUCCCUCUAUUUUUAUUAUUUUAGUCUCGAAUUAUGGAGAGAGCUGUAGCUGAAUCGCUCAGGCUUUCGAGGCAUCUCAUAGAAAGGGAAGGCUGGGGUUCUCCCUCUCUCUUGCCACUUUACUAAGUGCAGGAGCCAUUGAGAAACCCCUUUUUGUGCCGCUUGGCUCGGUCAAAGCUCAGAAUCCUUUUCUGAGCCCUUUUAGGGGUAUUGUGUUGCCUUCACUCCCCCUUUCACUCUUUUCUAUGACUGAGUCAUCCCGACAAGUUCGCUGGAUGAACUCACGACCUUUAUGUGAUUGCGACUGAUCCGGAAGUCUCUUUAAGCCUCACAUGCAGCUUUUUAAAAAACUGCAAAGUGAUGCGGGAAUGAGAUUAAGUGAAUUGAAGAUUGAAAAAAAAUGAGGGAUUGAGAGAAACUGAAAUUAACACAUCUUUCUAUCUCUACCAGUGGAUAAUCAAGUUAUGGUUUGGCAAACUGCACAGAAUUGCAGUGACAGAAUUGUCACUUAAUUGUGCAAUAUGGUUGCUGUUAUUAUGAUUCUUUCAUUUCAGCCUUAAUCACAGUCACAUUGCAUUAUGAGAAAGAGCACUUAAUUUUGAUUCAAUGUAAUUCACGUCUAUACCAAGAAUGUCAUUUCCUUAAUAUAACGCAAACAAUCUUGCCAGAAGAGGUUUUUACACUGAAUAAUAAACAUGUACCUCAUUUUUGAACUAGAAAAUCUCAUUAGAACUUCAUAAGAUUUCCUGCAAAACAUUUUACACAAGUGGCCCUGGGUUCAGAUAACAGCUCCAAGACAAAUAGAAGUAAUUCAUGUCAAUUUUUCUUUUUUUGAAAGUUAAAGUAUGCCCCACAGCUCAGAUGCAGAGCACACACUUUGCAUAUAGAAAGUCCCAAGUUCAACCCCUGGCAUCUUCAACUGACCAAAAAAAAUAAAUGGUCUGGAAACCAAGCCUUAUGAGGAAAGGGUGAGAAAGUUGGGUCUGUUUAGCCUGGAGAAAAGAAGACUAAGAGGUGAUUUGAUGGCCACCUUUAAAUAUCUGAAGGAAUUUCAUGUCACAGAUGGAGCAAGCAUGUUUUUGCUGCUCCAGAGGGUAGGACCCAAAGCAAUCAAUUCGAAUUACAAGAAAGGAGGUUCCAACUCACCGUUAGGAACAACUUUCUGAUGGUAAGAGUUGUUUGACAGUGGAAAGGACUCCCUCAGAAGGUGGUGGACUCUCCUUCAUUGGAGGUUGCUAAGCAGAAGUUGGAUGGCCAUCUGUCAGGGAUUCUUUACGUGUGUUGUGGUUCUGGACAGCCAAGAGUUAACACUCCAGAAGUGUUCACUGGGUGCAUUGCCCACAUGACCAUUUUCCUUUGAUCUGUGCUCUGUGGGGGCUGAGCUCUCUCUGGAGAGCAGUCUGUCUGAGAAUGUGAGCAAGGUAGUUUCGUUUUUGUUAGAGACAGUGUGCUGCGAACAUGCAGCUAGAUUCUGUGGGUUUUCUUUUCCGUUUGUUAUGCUUCUAAAUAAAGAGUGUUAGAAUAGAAGCACUGGUGUCGAGCUGAGUUAUGGAAGACACCACGUUGACACAAAGAAGCCAUUUUACUCUGUGUGUGAACUCUGCUAUUAUCCGGCAACUGAGAAGAGUGGCAGCGCGCGAGUGGAAGCGUGUGGGCGCCAUUGGAGUUUGUUGGAGUGGCAGUAAAUAAAAUUUAUUGCAGGGCUGUUGCAGCAGACUCAGUGGGUCAAAGGAUUUACGACCCACAAACUUUAACAACCUGGGAUUCCUGCACUGCAGGGGGUUGGACUAGAUGAACCUUGGGGUACCUUCCUACUCUACAAUUCUAUGUAGCAGGCUGUGUUGAGAUCUGGGGUGGACCCUUCUCUGCCUGAGACCUUGGAGACCUGCCACAAAUCAGAGAAAACAUAUGGAUUACCCACACUUGUUUUUUGCCCCGCUCUUUCUAGGCACAUGUUCAGUAUCAAUACACCAAGCUCUCCCUGUGAAAACCUGCUCUUUAGCACUCAAUUGGAGCACAUUUGAGUUUUCCAUGGAUUGCCGUUUGCUCCCAUUGAGUUUAAGGAACGUGUUUUCCUUGGGAAAGCUCCAGAGGGGGGAAAGACUGCUUGGACAUGGACCUUUAAAGUGUGGAGCAUGCCUGGAAAGAGCAGAGGAAAGGUAAGUGUGGAUAAGCCCUCAGUACAAGACUGGUUUAUAUGUCAGUAUGUUUGGUGAGGCUGAUGAUAACCAUAAUCACAAAUAAUGCAUAGUUUUUGUUUUAUUUUGUUUAUAAAUUAUAAACUGGGGAUUCCAUAGCAGUGCACAAAGAUAUUAAGCCAAGCCUACAUUUGUGUGCCCCAUUCUUAACCCUACUUAUCUGGGAGUGAGCCACAUCAAAUCCCGAAGGACUUAGUUCUGAGCAUUGCACUGCUUGUUCUUUGGGGUUAUUAACUGUGCUCUUGUGUGUUUAGCUUAAUGAUCAGCAUCUAUCACAGAAGGCUUAACUGAAUGAAGAGGGAGGGAAAAUUCAUUGCUGAAGUGCCCCACUUUUUAGCCUCCCUGUUGCUCCAGCUCAGUCUGGGUGAGCCUUUCUGUUAGGCAGAGUGAGGCAGCAGCCCCAGGGAGCAGGAACUCAGUGGCAACUUGGCAAGGUUUGCAGUCUAGAUAUAAAUUAUUCCAAACUGGAGGGGAUGGUCUUGUCCAAGAGAUAAGCCCACAUAAGUAGUGCUUAGAUCAGGGGUCAGCAAACUUUUUCAGCAGGGGGCCAGUCCACUGUCCUUCAGACCUUGUGGGGGGCCGGACUAUAUUUUUUUUGGGGGGAGGGAUGAACGAAUUCCUAUGCCCCACAAAUAACCCAGAGAUGCAUUUUAAAUAAAAGGACACAUUCUACUCAUGUAAAAACACGCUGAUUCCUGGACCACCCGUGGGCCAGAUUUAGAAGGUGAUUGGGCCGGACCUGGCCCCCGGGCCUUAGUUUGCCUACCCAUGGCUUAGAUGGACACAUGAUCAAACAACGCUCCAGCUUUAGAUAUCUGGGUAUGUGACCCCCCCCCUUGGCAGUUGGAAAUCCCUUAUAGAGGCAGUAAACCUUCAGCUUGGAGGACAGCUACAGCAGUUCUAAGCCUAGCAGAUCUAUACUGAUCACUCCUGUGACAUGUACAGGCACUGGUGGAGGAAGAGGGGAUGGGGGGAGCACACUGCCCCGGGCAGCACGAUCCCGGUGGGGUUCCAUAGUGGCUGCCCCCCCGCACUGGGCGCCCUGCCCCCACAGGUGGCACGCCCCACCCCCAGAACGCACACCCCACCCCUUUGGGUGGCGCCCCCGCCCCCAGGAUGUGCGCCAGCCCCGCCCCCACCUGCUCUCCACCACCGUGUACAGGCUGUGCUUCUGCGAAUACUGGUAGAGGGGAAGUGCAGUUAUUGGGAUGCAAGAGUUGGGUGCUCAGCAUGGAACCCCUGUGCUCUUUCAAACUUCCUUGCUGAAUGCUGAGAAACGGCAAAGCUCUCUCCCUCCCUCUGUGUGUGCACAUAUAUAAAAACAUCUGAGGCACAUCGUUAAAAAACUUAUGCCAUAGCUUCCCCAAAGCUGCUUUCUCAUCUCCUGCUGUUUAGCUGGCAAAUUGCCCUUUGGAAAUGAUGUUCUGCAUUCAUGGCUGUCCAUGCUCAUUUAUCUUGCCAAGCUGGACACUGUAUCCAUGCACAGUGACUGAUAUUUAUGCGCUGGAGAGAAGUGCCUGCCUUGUGACUGCAUGUCUGAGAGUGGGAUUAAGCUUGACAGGGUGCUUAAAUAUUCCCAGGUCGCUUGUCUUCUUGCUUUUCACUCUUUUGUUCCUUUGUACUCUCCAGGGACUUUUUGCAUGCAAAGCAAAUGCUCUACCACUGAGCUACAGCUACAGUCUGCUCAGGAAGGGAGGUCCCUGAAGACAAAGACCACCCUAAACCUGGAGCAGACACUGCCUGGCUAACAUCCUUAAGGGUGAACUACCAGAACUGCAUUAUAAUUUGGAGCCUGCCUUUGUGAGGAUACAGAAAAUUUGCUUUCUUUGGUCCUGCCUUGGCUAGAGUAAAAACAUAGAAUAAUAUAAGCUUUUUGGGGAUGUUAGUUCUUCUUGGGUAGCCUUUGCAGGAUCAAAGGGAUCCCUGCUUCUCUUUAGCAAUUCAACACAUUUCCAUAGCAGCAUAGCCCUUGAUUCAUCUGGAGUCUGUGUUCUGCACUGAACCAUUUUUUAAUUUAUUACUGGCUUUGAAUAGCUGAAGAUCAAAAGCCCCUGUUAGUUUUCAUAUGAUUUUACAUGCUACCUUUGGUGAAAGCGAAAGUGCCACAGUGCAAGUGGGGGUGAGGCUGCUUUAAGAUUCCCAUUCAUCCUUCAUCUUAGGCUGUGAGUGGAUUGGACAGCAAUCCCUUGCCCUCUAACAGAGAAAGAAGUCCCUUUCAGCUUGGUAGGGUGCACAAAAAUACCUCAGCUGCAGUCAGGCAACAAGCUACUUAGUGCAAAUUUGAAUGUGGGGGCCCUGGGAACAAGGUGGGACCUUGAGCUGGUCACUGUCUCUCCUCCUAACUUACCUCACAGUGUUGUUGUGGGGAUUAAAUGAGGACUGGGAGAACCAUGUAUAGCACCUUGAGUCCUGCAACAUCUGGAGAGCCACAGGUUCCCCAGGCCAUGUUAAUACCGAGGCUGAGGAACCAGUGACACUCCACAUGCUCCAACAUCCUGUCAUUCCCAGCCAGCAUGGCCAUUGUCAAGGCAGAUGGUCAGGGAUGAUGUUCAUAAGCUAUCCCUGUUUUAGAUAGAGGAAGAUGGAUUCCUUCCUGCCUCUGCUAAAACUUUUCAAAUUGGUACUGGGCAUUUCUACCUAUCCCCUUCUCCCAUCGAAGCCCAACCCUCUAGCAUUGGCACCGCGUUGGCUCAACAGGGCUUUGAAGCAGAUGCUGCACAUCUUAUCUAGGAUCUGUGUCCAAGACUAGAAGCACUGUUGAUCGGACACUGCAGUUGAGGAACCACUCCAAAGGCUCUGAGCAACUGACACUAUCUUCCCAUCUCCUGCCAUGUCCCAGGUCCAAGACUGAAAGGAUAAAACAAUCAAGACAUCUGUUUUUGCACCACAUCAAAAGUAUGCUUUUCUUCCACCGUUUUUCAUCCAUUGUGGUGCAACACAACUCUGUGGUCACCCUGCUGCCUUGUGGAGGUUUCAAUUCUCUUUGCCAUAUGUCUGUUGAUUGAAUGCAUCCCUGCUGGGUACAAAGAAACCACAUUGCUUCUCUCCAUCUCAAAGAGCAUCUUUCUUUGGGUUUCCCAUCUACUUAGAAUAGCCAAUAUGUCAGCUGCAGCUGUGCCUGCCUCCUCCUUCCAUCCACCCACUUGAUUAAUGUUGCUCUUCCAGGUGGUGUUGACUCGUAAUAUUGCUUUCACUGUGUGUGGAGAAGAUGGGUCUUCUGUCACCCUCCUGAAUGCUCCUUCUCUCAAAGCUGACAAACCCACUUUGCUUUUGAUAUACUCUGAGAACCUCUCCCUGCAGUGUGCUUUAUGUUAAAUGAUUUGGGAUGAACCCUGCUCUAAGGUUCACUGUGCCUACCACGUCCAUCUGUCAAGUCCAAUGGCUGUUUUAAGCUUAAGCAUUUGGGUCAUGGCUUGGGUUCUGCAUAGAUAAGUUUCGGAGGAGAGGAAAUCAGAGUCCUCUGAAACCUUUCAGGUGUGAGAUGGGUUAGCAGAUGUUCAGAGCAGGUGUUCUGUUCUAGAUUAAUCUUGUUGAAAUCAUUUUCCCCCUUGUAAAUUUGGUUUCUCUCCAAGUUAAAGAAAACUGAAGGAAUACCAUAGGGGCUUUGUGCAUUGGUCAACCUCUACAGUGAUACUGAGACAGUGAAACACAGUAGAAUCAUAGAAUCAUAGAAUCAUAGAAUUGGAAGAGACCACAAGGGCCAUCGAGUCCAACCCCCUGCCAAGCAGGAAACACCAUCAGAGCACUCCUGACAUAUGGUUGUCAAGCAGAAAACAACCUUUCUCCCUCCUCUAUGUGACAUCCUUUUAUAUAUUUGAACAUGGCUAUCAUAUCACCCCUUAACCUCCUCUUCUCCAGGCUAAACAUGCCCAGCUCCCUUAGCCGUUCCUCAUAAGGCAUCGUUUCCAGGCCUUUGACCAUUUUGGUUGCCCUCCUCUGGACACGUUCCAGUUUGUCAGUGUCCUUCUUGAACUGUGGUGCCCAGAACUGGACACAGUACUCCAGGUGAGGUCUGACCAGAGCAGAAUACAGUGGCACUAUUACUUCCCUUGAUCUAGAUGCUAUACUCCUAUUGAUGCGGCCCAGAAUUGCAUUGGCUUUUUUUUAGCUGCCGCGUCACACUCUUGGCUCAUGUCAAGUUUGUGGUCAACCAAGACUCCUAGAUCCUUUUCACAUGUACUGCUCUCAAGCCAGGUGUCACCCAUCUUGUAUUUGUGCCUCUCAUUUUUCCCCCCCAAGUGCAAUACUUUACAUUUCUCCCUGUUAAAAUUCAUCUUGUUUGUUUUGGCCCAGUUCUCUAAUCUGUCAAGGUCAUUUUGAAGUGUGAUCCUGUCCUCUGGGGUAUUAGCCACCCCUCCCAGUUUGGUGUCAUCUGCAAAUUUGAUCAGGAUGCCCACAGACUUCCGGGUUAGCGCCUCCAGCAAUGGAGGAACUCCUCUGAUCGGGAGGAAUCCGCUCCGUGGAAAUCAGGGUCUGUCCGCCACGGCGAAGGCGGAGACCCACUAAAAACCACAGGUGGGAGAAGCUUGUGGACGUGGGAUUCGGCUGGCACCUUCUGCGCCUCCCCUACUCGCGGGGAAACCCGGUUUCAGGGAUCUGGAGCGACGUGGGGUGAGUGGCACGGUGCUUCGCAUCGACUGCUUCUUUCACGGAGUGAAGCCGCAUUGCUGUUGCAGGUGAGCGCUGACUUUUUCCUGUAGACAAUUUGAUCUUAAAACAACUACCCGUGAGUAGAACGGAAAAUUGGAUUUUUAAACGUCUUAAUUUGGCACCAAAACGGGGAGGUUUCAAACAGGAAGUCCGCCUCCCCCUUUUGUAAAUAGAUUGAAGCAAAGAGGCUGCAAGCUAAAGCCUUGGAAAGUCUCACAUAAAGGAUUAAACUUCCAUCGGUUAAACCAUCAAACCCCCCUUGGAAGCAGGAGAAGAGGGGGGAAAUUUAAGAUCGCGUAAGCCUGCAGGAGAGAGUGAAGAAAGUCAAUUUACCACCGCUCUGAACCUGGAAAUGGGCUGCUAGUAAAGAUUGAAGUUUUGGAUAUGCUCAUUGACUGUGAAUAGAUCGUCUGCUGACAGUAAGUUAAAGAAGAGAAAUACAUUGUUUCCAUUGUCCCCUUCUGCGUUUAAAAAGGAGUAAAAGUAACUGAAAAUUGAAACUAACUUUAUUGUUUGAACUGUGCUUAAAAGGAUUGAUACAAAUAGAAAUUGUUUCCCCCUAGAGGAAGCCUUUGAAAUUGUUACAAGAGCUGAGCUGGGGGAAUUAUCCACCUGCAAGAUAAAACUGUGAGAAUCUGGGAUUGACCUUGAAUCGUUAAGAAUGUUGACAGAAGAAGCCUUAGUGGUUGCGUUUUGUAAGAUUAAUGAUUCACUGGAACAGCUUUAUAAGAAGACGGAUGCGAGGACUAUAAAAAUUGAUAACUUGGAACAAAAAGUGACUAAUUUGGCACAAAAAGUCAAUAUUAAUACAGAAAUUAUUCAGGAAUCGAUACAGGGAUCUAUUUUGACAUGUGGCAAAUUGAGGAGAAGGCGGGGGAGAAAGUUUUUGCUGUGGAACCUAAAGCGACACAAGUGGUGAGGAAGAGAGCUCCAGCCUUACAGUUGCAAUUUGAUGAUUAUAAGUUGAUGCCUUCCAAGACUGAAUUUAGAGAAAGUCAGAUUUUUAGGAUUGGAGCCCCUCUUGGACUGGAGAUUGACCUUUGGGACCUGGACUUGGGUCAGAAGGAGACUGGAGUUGUGGGGACUGCCAGACUUGGAGGAACUCUGAAACACGACUGGAAAUAUCUUUUGAAUUUCAGUUCUAACUAUGGAGAUUUGGCUGACUUGUCGAGAAGGAACAAAAACAUUGCUAGAUGGGAAUUUCCCGGAGAUCUACUUUUCAGCAUCAAAGGAAGGAAAAUAAGAACAAGAUCAGGAGAAGACAAAGUAAAGUGCAUGUAUAAACAUGAAGAAGACUUGCAGAAGGGACCCGGAAAAGAGUUAAGAGCCUCGGACAGAAGAUCACCAGGUUGAUGGGCUAUUUGGAAUUGACGGAAAUGACUGGCAGAACCCGAGACCAGGGAGAAGAGACGGUGGAAGAAUAUUGGAAAAAGUUUAAAAUCUAUAUAUGGAAAUAAUGUAAAAUUAAUGAGUGUUAGAAAAAUGUUGGAAGGGAAUUAUACGGCUUUAGUAGAAAUAUUUUAAGGAAUUAAGUAUAAAUAAGUAUUAUAGUAUUAAUGUAAAAUAAGGUUAAAAUAUGUUAAGAUAAUUACAUGACAGAAAAUAGAGAAAGAUGGAAAGGAUUUGCUGAAAUAAUUAAUAGAAAUGGAAUACAAAAGGGGAGGUGAGAGGAGGUCAAUGAAACAAGGGAAUGAAAGAGAGGAUAUUGAGAUGGUAUGAUGUGUGGUUUUUUUUAAUUGUUUUUGCUUUUGUUUUGUUUAAUGUGUUAAUGUUAAUGUUGCGUUCUGUAUUGUUUAUAUAUUGUAUUGUAUUGUUUUCUCUUUUGCUUUUUUCCCCUUCUUUUCUUUUUUCUUUUCUCUUUUUUUCUUUUUGUAAGGUAUAAAAGCAAUAAAUAUUAUUUUUUUUAAAAAAAUUGAUCAGGAUGCCCUUGAGUCCAUCAUCCAAGUCGUUGAUAAAUAUGUUGAAUAAGACCGGGCCCAAGACAGAACCCUGUGGCACCCCACUAGUCACUCUUCUCCAGGAUGAAGAGGAACCAUUGAUGAGCACCCUUUGGGUUCGGUCAGUCAGCCAGUUACAAAUCCACUGAGUGGUAGCAUAGUCAAGACCGCAUUUUACCAGCUUCUUUACAAGAAUAUCAUGGGGCACCUUGUCAAAUGCCUUGCUGAAAUCAAGGUAGGCUACAUCCACUGCGUUCCCUUCAUCUACCAGGCUUGUAAUUCUGUCAAAAAACGAGAUCAGGUUAGUCUGACAUGACUUUUUUUCAGAAAUCCGUCCUGACUAUUGGUGAUCACAGCAUUCCUUUCUAGGUGCUCACAGACUGUUUGCUUAAUGAUCUGCUCCAGAAUCUUCCCUGGUAUUGAUGUCAGACUGACUGGGCGGUAAUUAUUUGGGUCCUCUCUUUUCCCCUUUUUGAAAAUAGGGACAACAUUUGCCCUCCUCCAGUCUGCCGGGACUUCGCCUGUUCUCCAGGAAUUCUCAAAGAUGAGUGCCAGUGGUUCUGAGAUCACAUCUGCCAGUUCUUUUAAUACUCUUGGAUGUAGUUCAUCUGGCCCUGGAGACUUGAAUACAUCUAAACUAGCCAAGUAUUCUUGUAUAUCUCCUUAGUUACUCUGGGCUGUGUUUCCUAUGCUGAAUCAUUUGCUCCAAAUUCUUCAGGUCGGGCAUUGUUGUCUUUAUCGGAGAAGACUGAGGCAAAGAAGGCAUUGAGGAGUUCAGCCCUUUCUGUGUCCCCUGUUUGCAUUUCACCAUCUUCUCCUCUGAGUGACCCCACUGUUUCUUUGUUCUUCCUUUUGCUACGAACAUACCCAUAAAAGCCUUUUUUUGUUGCUUUUAACCUCUCUAGCAAGCCUGAGUUCAUUCUGUGCUUUAGCUUUCCUGACUGUGUCUACACGUGCUGGCUAUUUGUUUGAAUUCCUCUUUGGUGGUUUCCCCCCUUUUCCAUUUUUUGUACACAUCCUUUUUUAAUCUUAACUCAGUUAAAAGUUCUUUAGAUAGCCACCCUGGCUUCUUUAGGCACCUUCCAUGUUUCCGUCUCAUUGGUAUUGCCUGAAGUUGUGCUUUUACUAUCUCCCUCUUAACAAACUCCCAGCCAUCAUGAACUCCUUUUCCUUUUAGUAUUACUGUCAGUGAUACUAAAAGGUCAGUGAGGAAUCUGUUUGACCUUAUGCUCUUGGCUGAGUUUGACAUCCAACAAAUAUCCGGGUAAUUGAAGUCCCCCAUUACUACUAUCUCCCUUCCUUUUGCAUGCUUGGCCAUCUGUUCCAGGAAGGCAUCAUCUAUGUCCUCCGUUUGGCUUGGGGAUCUAUAGUAAACUCCCACAAUGAGAUCACUGUUAUUCUUCUCUCCCUUAAUUUUGACCCAAAUGCUCUCACUUUGGCUUUGAGGUUCUAAAUCUUGGAUCUCUUCACAGGUAUACACAUCCCUGACAUAUAACGCCACUCCUCCUCCUUUCUUGUCUGGUCUGUUUCUCUGAAAUAGAUUGUAUCCCUCCAUUAUUAUAUUCCAAUCAUGGGACUUAUCCCACCAGGUUUCAGUGAUGCCUAUUAUGUCAUAUUUAGUUUGCUGUACCAAGAGCUCAAGCUCAUCUUGUUUAUUUCCCAUGCUUUGUGCAUUAGUGUGCAGACAUUGAAGUCCAUUAAUCCUUCCCCCGUGUCUCUUAUUUAAGGAUUUUUUCCUCCCACCACUAGGUCUGCGUGCUGUUUGCUCCAUUUGGUCUAUGACAUUUGGAUGAUCAUCCUCAUCAAUUGAUAGACUCCUACCUUCAGGAGCACUGUCUCCCUCCCCCCACAUUAGUCAGUUUAAAGCCCUCCUGAUGAGGUUUCUGAGAUUUUUGGCAAAAAAUUCCUCCCAACCGUUGUGAGGUGCAGCCCAUCGCUUGCCAGAAGUCCAUCUUCAAGAAACUGCAGUCCGUGAUCUAAGAAUCCAAACCAUUCCUGUUUACACCAUUUGCGAAGCCAGCUGUUCACUUCCACUCAUGUUCCCUCUCUCCCUGGGCCACGUCGUUCAACUGGGAGGACAGAUGAGAUGACAAUUUGUGCAUUUAAUUGCUUCAAUUUCCUGCCCAGAGCCUCGUAGUCUCUUUUGAUCUUCUGGAGUCUAUUGCUUGCAGUGUCAUUGGUUCCCACAUGAACCAAGAGGAGGGCGUAUUUGUCAGUGGGUUUUAUGAUUCCUUGCAGUCGUUCAGUUACAUCUUGGAUCUUAGCCCCGGGGAGACAGCACACUUCCCGAGACAUCUUGUUAGGCCCACAGAUCACUGCUUCUGUUCCCCUCAGUAGGGAAUCCCCUCUCACCACUACACGCCUCCUCUUAGGUUUGGUCGGGGUUCUUCCGUGAGCUGUCUGUUCCAAGGUCGCCUGCACAUUCCCUGAGGACUGACUUUGCUGCUCGUCUUCAUAUACCUGAUCGACUGUAAUGAGGGAGAGAUCCUCAAAUGGAGUCUGCUCUUUGUCUUCCAUGCUAGGGGAGAGGACCUCAAAGCGAUUGUGUAUUUCUAAACAAUCAGAGCGAACCCUGGGCCUCCUACUUCUUUGAGUCACGUUUCUCCAUAUAUCUGGCUCCUGUGUUGGUGAACUAGCCUCCUUCUCAGGGAGUCUCCUGUCUCCUCCUUGGUGGAGACGGUGUGCUCUGUUGCUUCCAAGAAGAGCUCCAGCUCUCUAAUUCUUUGGAGCGUAGCUACACAUUCCUCCAGUUGCUGGACUUUGUCUUCUAAGAGGGCAAUCAACAUGCAAUUGCUGCAGGUAAAGCUGCCUGCAACCUUUGGCAAGAUGGCAAACAUUGCGCAGUAAAGUACACAACUUUUGAACACAGUAAGAAGAUACAGUUUUGACUGAAAGGCAGAAGACAGUGUAGAGUCAUAGAACUGUAGAGUUGGAAGCUACCCAAGGGUCAUCUAGUCCAACCCCCUGCAAUACAGGAAUCACAGCUAAAGAAUUUCUGACAGCUGGCCAUCCAACCUCUGUUAAAAAACUUCCAAAGAAGGAAAGUCUAUUAUCUUCUGAGGUAGUCUGCUCCACUAUCAAAGAUCUCUUACCAGCAGAAAGUCCUUCCUAAUGUUUGGUUGGGAUCUCUUUUAUUGUCAUUUGAAUCCAUUGGUUUGGAUUUUAUGCUCUGGAGCAGCAGAAAAGAAUCCUGGUCUAUUUUCCAUGUAAAAUCCCUUCAGCUGUUUGAAGAUGGUCUCAAAGCUCAUAAUUUAUCCUGAGUGUCUGGUACUCAAACCUCCCUGUAUGUGGAGGUUCUGUUUUCGGUUUGCUAUGGUUAAUUGCAUUGAUAGACCCAUCCUAUAUAAGAAUUGCAUUUGCUGGAUCUGACAAGCACUCUGCUUCUCUUUGUGACCAAGCUGAUGCUUCUAAGAAGCCCACAAAGAAGGAGGGGGAAAGAUUUUCUCUGGCUGUUAGUCUUCAGCCACUGCAGUUCAGUGACAUAAAGCCUCUGAUUAUCAUGCCUAAGGCCCCAUUCACAUCAUACAUUUAAAGCACAAUGAUUCCUCUUUAAACUCUUAUGCCUUCCCCCAAAGAAUUAUUGGUGCUGUUGUUUGUAAAAGGUGCUGAGAGUUGUUAGGAGACCCCUUGUUCCCCUCACUGAGCUGCAAUUCCCAGGGGUUUAACAGUCAACCCCUCUUCACAGGGAUCUCUGGGACUUAUAGCACAGGGAAGGAAAUAAGGGUCUUUAACAACUCCCACCACACUUUACAAACUAGAGCUCCCAGAAUUCUUUGAGAGAGGCCAUGGCUGUAGGGGAUGAUAUUAACUUUGUUGCAAAAAUGGAUUGUUGCUUCAAUCAGCCCUGGUAAGUCUAUCCUACAGGAGGAUUUUAAAAGGAACAAUGGUGGUUCCAAGCUAAACGCAUGCCUAUGCUAAAGGCAUUUUGGCAGGCUCCCUUCAUUUCUCUCCAGUAAUUGUUAACAUGCACAUUUGCCAAUUUGUCAACUUCCACAAGGGUCAUUUCUGAAGGGUUGACACUCUGAUUUUUUGGAGUCCCCUCCAUGUGGCUCUCAAUCCCAUUAGUGGAGCAGACACCCAACUGAUGAGCCCUAUGGCAUUUGCAUAGAGUGGAUGGAAACUGAAUUCACCAAGUCACCUCUGUGGUUAGGAGUGUCUUAUGCCAGCUUUGUCACUCCCUGCCAGAACUGAGCCACUUUCUUACAUGUCCACCACGUAUCUGGAUUAGAAGCUAACAUUCCACACCCUCUUCAACAGUUGGAUGAGUAGGAGGAGCUAAUAUGCACUAAGUAGAGGCAUGAGGUGCCAUUUUUGCACUAUUCAUAAAUCAGUCCAGAUUUUCAGUGAAAUGUUUGCGUGCACAAGCUAGGGCACCUAUGUGUGUGAGUGUGUUAAAUCUGCUCCACUUCCAUAAGAGUCUUUUUGGGAAAUGAUACCCAGAAACACAGAGCGACCAAUUUCUUCUUAACAGAGCUUCUCAAAGAGUCCUGUGCUUCUCCAGCUGUGAAAUCAGAAGAGGGCAAAAGAAAUGUAGGGGGCGACCACACUUGAAACACUCUGUGUACUGUUCUCUGGCCACAACACCUCGUAUGUGUGUGUGUGUGUGUGUGUGUGUGUGUGUGUGUGUCAGAGAGAGAGAGAGAGAGAGAGAGAGCUGGAAAAGUUGCAUAAAAUGCAAAAGAAAUAAUCAGGAUGCUGGAGCAACUACAUCAACAAUAAUUCUUUUAUUUGGAGCUUUUUAAUUUAGAAAAAAAGGCAAGAAAGUGGGAACAUGAUAGAAGUGUCCAUGCAUGGUGUGGAGAAAGUAGGCAGAAAUAAAUUUUUAUCUUUCCAAAGGGGGGUGGAUGUCAUCCAAUGAAACAGACAAAAGGAAGCACUUUCUUUGCAUAGUGCAUAGUUGGACCAUGGAAUUUUCCACCACAGUAUGUACUAGUGGAUAUCAACAACUUGGCUUUAAAAGGGGAUUAGACAAAUUCAUGGAUGAUAAAGGCACUUGAUGGGAUGGCAGCACAGGAAUCUUUUGUGCAAUAUGGGGUUUGUACCCACAACACUGAGAGUAAGAGUCUCAUGCUCUACUGACUGAGCUCAAGUGCAAUACCGUCAUACCUUGGAUCCCAAACGCCUUGGUACUUGUCCGUUUUGGCUCCCAAACGCCAAGCGAGUGUUUCGAACGUUCUUUGGAACCUGAACAUCCGACAGGGCUUCUUUGGCUUCUGAUUGACUGUAGGAGCUUCCUGCAGCCAAUUGGAAGCUGUGCCUUGAUUUCUGAAUGUUUUGGAAGUCGAAUGGACUUCCGGAACGAAUUCUGUUCAACUUCCGCAUGUACCACUGUACAUGCUUUCCCCAUCCUCAUUUAAUCCCCCCAACAACCCUGUGAGGUAGGUUAUAAUGAGUGGCACCAGGAAGAAUUUUCUGACUGUACUUCCAGGAGGAAAAGAUCCCUGACUAGUUGUUGGCAGAGAUACGGUAAUUAUGUGGUGAUUAAUGACAACCAAGACAGAAAGGGAGAUAGGGAGAUAAAGGGUUAACCUCACAUGCUCUGAAGAAGACUGUUCUUCAAACUGAGGACAAUAGGUUUGUGCCCAUACACCAAUAGUCUUGAAGGUUAGCAUCAGGUCAGCUAAGCCUCCCCUGUUUUAACUACUUCUGGAAUUGGGACUAGCUGUGAUUUGGGUAAUCUGUCUGCCAAUUAAACUUCACCUAGAAAGCGAAUUGAAUGCUGGCAUAAACAUACAUUAACAUUAGUUAACCAGCAGGCUGAAAAAUAAUACGAAAGUGUAUCUAAUUAUUUGAGAUUAAGAAAGAUUACAAAUGGAUAAGGUUUCUCUGCUUAUUAAGAAUGGUUAUUUUAUAUUACUUUGAAAACCAUCCUUUCUUUGGGAUGCUGGCUACAGAAGUCAAGCUACAUUCCUGAGCAUGGGAAGCCACUUCUGUCUUAAAGAGACAGACACAAGUUUUCAAGGCAGAGACGGUUAAGGUGGAGACCAAUAUGGCAAAGAUAUUGCCCAAUAUCCCACUGUUGGUAUCAUGUGACAAUUAUAGGAUGAGCAACUCAAAGAGCUCAGAGCUAAGAUGUGUAAAAUGCUCAGACCAAAUAAUAAACCGGGCCUUUGGGGGAAAAUAUUGAUCAAGAUUGCCUGGGCAGGAGAGUGAAAUGGUAGCAGAGGAUGGAAUGGAGAAGACCUCCACUUGCCUGGAGGAGUGAAACAGACAAAUAACAGAGUUGUGAUGCCAGAGGAGUGAGAUGAAACUAUUGACAGAGAUAGUAAGAAACAUCUUGAGAUGGCAGAGAUCGAGCCAAGAGAGAAAGGAUCCUGUGUACAAGUUGGAAUGACUUCAGAGGAAAAACCUGGCAAGCCUCUGGCAAUUAUUCUGGAAAAAUAAUGGAAGAACAGGAAAUGGGAGGAACUUUUUUCUAAAUAAGGAUGGGAAAUCAUGACCAACAGGAAAUGGGAUUGGAAGAUAUGGCAUGAAUGAAUGAAUAUACAACAAAUAAAUAACUAUUGGUUAUUAUCCUAAUAAUGGGUGUUGGAAUUCCUUGAAGAUAAAGCCAUUAUAUUGGACUGGAAAAAGACUAUUCUCAACAUUUAGCAACAAUAACAAUUGAAGAGCCCCCUUUGGACUUUUUGUGUGGAAAAGAAAAUGAAUGGGGUUGAAGAUUAGGAAAAUACUGUCUAGCAGAUUGAGGAACAGCUGGAUAUUACCUUGGAAUAUAGCUGGAUGUUAUUCUGGAGUGAAAACUUUGAAUAACUUACACACAUAAUCGACAGAUGGUGAAUCGGAAGUUCUCUUUAUUUAUUUUCCUUCUCUCUUGCUUUCCUUUUCUAUUCUCUUUUCUUUAUUUCUUGUGCCUUUUCUUUCUCCUAUGCAUUCUAUUUGCCUAUGUUUUGUUUUUUGAGGUCCUCUAUUCGGGUUAAGGAGAGUACACACAGGAAGGUGAUGAAUGUUGGGUGAAAGACCCUGCGUGAGAGGCAGGGAAGGGAAGAUUUCCCAGGGUGGGAGAAGAAAGGGAAGCUCCCAGGUGAGAGGUGGGAGGGGCCACACCCUUUGUGUGAGACAAGGGUUAAGAUGUACCUCUGACAGAGGGCUUUGUAUUUUUUCUUUUUUGUUAUUUCUUUUUUUCAUUUUUAUUUAGACUAGUCUGUUUUUUAUUGUAAUAUAUGCUGAAAAGUUUCAAUAAAAAAUAAAUUAAAAAGGAAAAACUUUAUGGCUGUAAGCUGUUUGACAGUGGAACGGACUCCCUUGGAAUGUGAUGGACUCUCCUUCCUUAGAGGUUUUUAAGCAGAGGUUGGAUGGCCACAAGUCAGGGAUGGUUUAAUUGAAAUUCCUCCAUUGCCUGCAUUGGACUAGAUGACUCCUGAGAUCCCUUCCAACUCUACAAUCCUAUGAUUCUAUGACUGCCCAAAGGUGAGAGGCAUUGAGCUUCCUGGCCAAGUGGGAGGAUUUGAUCCCUGGUUUCCAAGUUCCUAGUCUGAGACUCAAACUGCUAUACCACCCAGGCUUCACACCUUGCAGUAAACCAUGUUUUAUUUUUAAACUGAAGGACUAAAUUUGCUUUUCUUCAUUAUUCAUUUUAGUGCUGAUGAGCGCUUUGAUGCUACAUUUCAUACCAAUGUUUUGGUGAACUCGUCAGGAUACUGCCAGUAUCUCCCCCCAGGUAAGAAUGGUAUUUUGCCGUGUGAAAAUUCUGCUUUGCAGGGAACCUGGUGUGUUUUCAUAGAUGAGGAGAGGAGAUCAGGAAUCAGUCAGACAAUAGGCAGACAGAAGUCCCUUAUACAACCAUAACAGCUUUUGCCACCACCUCAGUAAUGUCAGGAUGGAAGAAGAAAGAAAUGCAACCCAAGAUAGAGAAAACUCAAAGCAUCAGUGGUUGCCUUUUUAUUGAAGGUAGUGCUGUGCUGAACGCCCCCUUUCCUACCCAACCAUUCCCCAUCAUUUAAUGAAAAAUGAAAUUGCAUUCAAAAAUUAUGCAAGGAGAGAGAAAAUUUAGUUGAUUGGGUUGGUGGAAUAUUUUGUUUGUGUGUGUCAUGUUUUUCUUUUUCUUUUGAGGUGGCCAAGGGGUGUUUGUGACUGUCCUUCCUUUCAUUCUUCAAAUCAUUUUGCCAGCUCUAUGCAGCCUUCCUGGUGCCCAUGUGUCAGUCAAAUCAUGAAGUGCCUCCUUUUUCAGAUCAGGAAGUCUAGACAGCCAGGGAGGCUGCAAAGUGCUGGGGAAAGACCACUCCCACUCCUGGGGUGAAUUUAUAAGCCAGUUCUUCCCCAAACUUCUCCCUCUUCUUCACUGUGGCACCCUCCCUCCCUAUGCAGUGUGGGUUUUGCUAGUCACCCGUAAAAGGGACUGAGUAGGAUUUUCUUUUUUAUAGCUCCUCAUUGGCCUUGGAAUUCCUCUUUUUGCCUGCUUCAUACAGUUGGGAGUAAUGUAUUCAGAAUGGCAUCUAAUUUCUUUCCAUCUGGUGUCUGGUUUGGGUAGGAAAGAGAAAUUAAAGAUCUAGUGGGCUGAAAUCCUGAGGCAUUUAUGCAGUGAGGGCACUAUUUGGCCACCCUGCACAGCAUUUGCUUGGCGGGUUAUCGGGGAUGCCCUGUGGGCUUUGCAUGUGCACCAGGAUGAAUGAUAAGCCAGCAGAGCCAUGAUGCGCUUGUCAGGUUAACAGACCCAAGGUCUUGGCAGCAGGGAGGAAGAAUUCACUUGAGCCCUUGCUGCGUGGCCACAUGAGACACCUGGAAACAUGCCCAGGAGUUGGGAGGGAGAUGAUUCCUCCCUCCUUAGGGAACUUUUCUGCUUGGACUACGUUCAAUUUUGGUGAAUGGGUUUUUCCUGCAGAUCCUCUAUAUUGCUGUUUUAAAUGGAUAUAACCUUUCUCCACUUUAGUCAUUGUGCCUUGGGUCUCCUUUAUGGGUGUGAUGGAAAUGCUUCCUGGAAAUAGACACACAUGCAAAUACCUUGGUCACAGAAUUCACCUGCAAUGAGCAGAUGAAUUCAACAUUAUCCCCAAUACUGUAUUCAAAAGAAGCUAGAAAGAAUAUUCUGUUCUUUAAUAAUGAAAAUGGAAGCCUCUUUCUCAGGGGAAUACAUUUUUGAGAAAUUGGAGGACAGAUUACAGCAAAAGUGAGAAUGCUUUCUUGGUGGUGGUGGCCCCCAGAUUGUGGAACGCCCUCCCUUCUGAGGUGCGCCAUCAUGGAACCGUUUUUGGCAUCAUGUCAAAGUGUUUUUCUUUACCCAGGGCUUUGGGUGAGUGGAUGUUUACCCUGUUGGUGUGCUUGGGUUGCCCUCCAGUUUUGCUGCUCUUGCAAUGGUAUCAAGCUUUGUAGUUUCAAUGAAAUAGUUUGAACAGUUUGUAUGUUGUUUUAAAUUGUGAUAUUCCAUGAGCCAUUCAGUGAUGGACAGGCAAUAAACAUACAUAAAUAAAUCUUAUGAGAGUUCAUUUUCUAACCAUAUGAAUUUUUCUGGCAUCUCAAUUCACACAAGAUCAUUUCAGUGUGUUGAAUUCACUGAAGGUGUGAAUCAGUCACAACUGCAAAUAAUCAUGUGAAGCGAUGCCUUUGUUCCUGCAGCUGCAAUGGAUCUGUGAGGUUCACAUUUGGAAAUACCUGAGGUUGAGCAUUUAUGUGCGUAUGAAAUAAUUCAGUGGUGGGUGGGUGUAAGUGGAAAUGUUGUUUUGUGAAAUAAAAGUGAAAUGAACAACAAUCCUCAAAUGACAGAGUACAGAAUGUCACUGUUUUGAUAACGACGGUGCUGACCUUGAUACUCUUAUUUUCAUUCAGCUUUGGGGGAAAACACUUUCAAGCAGAUCAGUUGUUUUAAAUGUCAGAGGGUGGGGGCAUUUUCCUGCGAGCAGCUAUACAAAAGGGAGAGAGAGAAUUGCUGAGAAAUGUCUGCUCAUAUAUAUACAUAUAUUCCCUUCAUCCGAAACAUCCAUCUAGGAAUAUUCAAGAGUUCUUGCUCCAUAGAUGUGCGCUGGUUUCCUUUUGAUGUCCAGAAAUGUAAAUUGAAGUUUGGAUCCUGGACUUACGGUGGAUGGUCUUUGGAUUUGCAAAUGCAAGAAGCAGAAAUAUCUGGAUACAUUUCAAAUGGAGAGUGGGAUUUAGUCGGUAAGCUGUAUGGAUAUUCCUAAAUGCAGUUGCCUUCAGUUCAGUCAGGGAGAUUCGCUUCCAGAGAUGGAACUGAUGUGCCUUAGAAUGAACCUUGUCAGUGGCAUCGGGAUACUCUCUUGGGUCCUGUUUAAAUGUUUAGCUGAGCCUUUUUAUGUCAAUCUUCAAUUCCAUCUGAAACACAAGUAGUGUUAGAUCAUUGUCAUCAUGUUCACACACAUUUCUGUUCCUUGGAUUUUCAGAUUGCGGGAAAGUGCUCCAAGGAUUAGGGAAGGAUCAUAAUAUUCCUUGAACAAUACGAGGGUGGGCCAGUCCUCUCUCCUACAUGUUUAAUUUAAAAAUAAAAUAGGAUGCUAGCCCUCAGUGGUCCAGUGCUUUGCUGGAAGAACCUUAGAAGAGCCUGCUGGAUCAGGUCAAUGGCCCGUCUCACCCAGUAUCAUGUCAACAUGUUUUUCUUUGCCCAGGCUCUUCUUUACUUAGAUGUCUGUCGGAAACCCUCAAGCAGCACUUGACCACAAGAGCCCUCUCUCCUCCUGUGAUUUCCAGCAACUGAUAUGCAGAAGCAUUGCUGCCCUUGACAGGAGGCAGAGCAUAACCAUCCCUGCUAGUAGCUGCUGAUAGCCCUCUUCUGUGUAUUGAUCUAAUCCUCUUUUAAAGUCAUCCAAGUUGGUGGCCAUCACUGCCUCCUGGGGGAAGAAGGUCCAGAGUGCUGCAUGAUGAAGAAGUACUUUUUCUUCCAACAUUCAGCUUCAUGGCAUGUCCAUGAGUCUGGCAGAGUAGAAACUUUAUUAAUUGUUUUAUUACUCUCCCUUCACCAUAAGUUCCCAGAAUGUAUCGUAGCAAUUUAUAAUGAAAUAUUCAGAACAGUUUAAAGGAAAGUAAACUAAAACACAGUAAGCUAUUUUAUACUGAGUUGGUCCUUUAGUUCAUCUAUCUCAGUGUUUCCCAAACUGACUGGCAGCUGCUCUCCAGGGUUUCAGGUGAGGGGAUUUCCCAGUCCUACCUGGAGAUGCCACUGGGAAUUGAACCUGUGACCUUCUUCGUGCAAAGCAGAUGCUCUACUGCAGAGCUACAGCUCUGUUUGAAUGAAAGGGCUUGGGGGUAAGACUUGCAAAAAUUGGCUAAGGGAUUUGGGCCUUUCUUCUCUAAAGCACCUAAAGGAUAAGCAGAAUCUCAGUUAAUGCUCUUAUACAUUGCCUGCAUUAUCAGUGUUUAAUUCUCAUAAGCCUGAAGAUUAAUUUAGCCCCUUGCAUUAUACAAGUCUUCAAAACAGGCUAAACAGUUUGAACAUGCUGCUCUGCACCACACACUUAUCUGGAGUUUGCAUUGCCAAGGUAGAUGCAAACUGCAGCCCAGUGAGAGUGAUGUAAUAACUGAGAAAGGGCACAGGUGUUGGGUGAAAUCAGGCCCGAUCUUUUUUGAAUACAGAAGGUAAGCAGAGUUGGCAUGGCAGUAGGGUAAGGAUCACUUCCUCCUUCCCCUCAGCCCCUGCCAUUGCAAAGGCACCUUACUGGGUUGGGGAAGUGCCAGCCUCGCUCCAUGGGAAUCACACAGCAUUGAACCCUGUUGAGGUGUAAGCCAAGCAUCCAGGUUCUCACUGGGCAUCCAGAGACAGAGAUUCCAGUCAGGCAGAGGCCCCAGCACGAGCUUAGGGCAUCCCUCAGCCAGCACUCCCCUCAGGCCCCUUAUGGGGGCCCACCUUUCCAAUGCUAUUCUUGCCCAAUGUCAUUUCUGCCAAAUUAUACAAUGCUAAACAUAAGUCCACUUGGGGAAAGGUGACCCCCAUCCCAACCAGGGGAGCAAUUGAGAUUGGGAGGGGGAAAUCCUUUCCAGCCCUGUCAACCGGUGGCCUAGAAGACCCAGUGAAAUUGUAAUUCUCAUGGCAAAACGGCCUUCCCUUUCCUCAUGAGAUCUCACAGGGGGAUCCCUAUUCUGCAAGACCUUAGAAGUGUACUGCCAAGGAGAUGUAAUUCUACCUCCCUCUUGUUUUCUUGGCUUCUGGUCACCUUGUGUGCAGGUCACACCCAGAAUGAGGCUAACAGACCAUGGCCUUCCCCCAAGGAAACCUGGGAACUGUAAACUGGUGCGGGUGCUGAGAAGUCUCUUGUAGAAGUACAUCUCCCAGGUGUUUCUAACUCUGAGGAAAGAGAGUGAGUUACCAGGGUGAGGAAGAGGAGCCCACUGUUCAUACUGAUGCCCUGUCUCGUAAGCCAUUGAGGCUACAAGUCGGAGUAACAUCUGGGUGAUCACCCUCCACUGAUGGCCACAAAAGUUUGCCUUCCCCAAUACGUCUCAGGACAAAUCUUGGUCAUUUGGGGGUUAACAAUAUGGUGGUUAGGACAGCGAAAGUGGAAUUGUUCCAUUACAAGCAGCACUGCCUGUAGUAUUAGCAAAACAAAUUAAAACAGAACAAAGAAGCCUCUUCUACCAAGGGAUGGCCUACACAUAGCGGCAGCAAAGCUUGACAAAAUCCAGGCAGUUUCCUCCACCAACCAUUGACCAGAGCUAGAUUUGCUUAGCUUCAGCAAGGUGGAUACCUCAAGAGUAUUUUGACCAGGAAGGAGUAACAUUUUUUUGCUACUAGGUAGUGGCUGAGUGAUCAGGGGUGCUAUGAUUGGAGUCAGCAGUGAGUGGGACCUGGGUUCACACACACACACACACACACACACACACACACACACGAAGGAGAUAUGCAGGGAGGAGAGUGUUGGUUAAGCCCUGCUACCUCUGCAUCAUCCUAAGAACAUAUGAAGAACCCUGCUGAAUGGCCCAUCUAGUCCAGCAUCCUGUUCUCACAGUGGCCAACUAGAUGCCAGACAAGCAGGGCAUGAAGGCAACAGCAUUCUUCCUACUUGUGAUUUACAGUUACUGGUGUUCAGAGGCCUGCCACCGACAAUAGUGGAAGCAGAACAUAGUCAUCAUGGCUAGUAGUCACUGCUAGCCUUAUCUUCCCCCUUACAGAUAUGCUCCCUCAGCUGCUAAACUUCUGCUUGGUGGGGUGAUGGGAGGCAGAGCAGUUUUACAUGUGGGGGGAAGCACAUGGGAUGACUCUCCUGACACACACUGUCAUCCCCAUCACAAUCAUACGGCUACUCUGACUUGUAGCCUCAACGGCUUACCAGACAGGGUGCCAGUAUCACACAACCAAAGCAGUAUUUGGUAGGCUGGAGAACGAUAAUUUCUGAUGACAGAUAAUCCUUUGCUAAGCUCCCUGAAUGGGGAGGCAGCAACCUUUGGAAGCAGGUAGUGAUGUUGGUGGUAACAGAGGGGUGGCUGGAGGAUCCAUGUGGGCUUCAGUGAAGUUCUGCCAGGGCCACAGAUGGCCUGGGAGCCAUGAGGUGCCCACAUCUGCUCUCAGCAAUAACCCUGGGAGACUUUUCUUAGUAAUUGCUUUGGUGAAAUUCACAGGAGACCUUUUGUCCCACCCCCACAGGUGUUCCCGGGAAAAGAACUGAAUCUUUCUAUGACUGCUGCAAAGAGCCUUAUCCAGAUGUGACCUUUACAGUGACGAUGCGACGGAGGACUCUGUAUUAUGGGCUCAAUCUUCUCAUCCCCUGUGUGCUGAUCUCAGCUCUUGCCCUUCUCGUUUUCCUGCUUCCAGCCGACUCUGGGGAGAAGAUUUCACUCGGUAAACAUAUUAUUCUAUUUGUUUAUAAGCAAAGCUAUUUUGCAUGCAUUUUCAGCUUAAAUGUCACAGUCAGUUUCUGGCAAGGAGAAAGUAGUUACAAGUGGAAACUCUCAAGAAGUCACAGAAUGCAUGGCCCAGGGAUAGAGAGAGAAGGAAGAUGAAUGAAAAGGGGACAGAACCUAUUCAUGGCACAAUCACAGAAGGAGGGAUACUGCAGUGCAGACUGUAUAUGUACCCUGGAAAUGGGAUGGAUGAAUCUGUCAAAUGCAAUUUCUUUCACUUUCAUCCCCCCCCCCCAUUCUGAAGUUCACUACAUUUCUGCACCAGUUUGCAUCUUUUAAAAAGAAGGAAAUGUGUCUGUAGUUCUAAUGCAGAUUUUAAAUUCAUCCAUUUGUUGCAUGAAUUUUGGCUAGACAUUUUUCAAGUAUCCCCACCCUCAUGAGGGAUAUUGUACUAUUUUUCUGCUAAUGUAUUGGGAUGUGUGGCUGAGUAGGGACAACAGACAUAAAGUGUCUCCCCUCCCUCUCCUAGGAUGAUGUUGGCUGCACCACAUUCCAUGCCUCGUUAACCCUAAACCCAGGCAAUAGCAGCACCCCGUACCUCCACACCUGCCCCCUCUGACCCAGAAACAUGGUGCUGCUGUUUGUUCUUUGCACAGCCACUCAGUCCCACCACAGGAGAAGUCAAGAUACUCCAACCACCUUCAAUUAGGGGAAGGUGUGAGAGGGCUGUGUGGGUGUGGGCAGGUGUGCCAUUGGGCCCCCCAUUUUUUUUCAAGGAAGGGACCUCCUCAAAAUUCCCUGGCGGCUGUGCGUGCACAGUUUAAGAAAGGUAUUGACAAGCUGGAAGGUGUGCAGAGCACGAUGACCAAGAUGAUCAAGGGUCUGGAAACCAAACCUUAUGAGAAAUGAUUAAGGGAGCGGGGUAUGUUUAGCAUGAAGAAGAGAAGACUGAGAGGUGAACUAUCUUGAAAUAUCUGAAGGGCUGCCAUAUGGAAGAUGUAGCAAGCUUCUUUUUUGCUGCUUCAAAGGGCAAAACCUGAACCAAUGGAUUACAAGAAAAGAGGUUUGGGCUCAACAAUAGGAAUAACUUUCAGAUGGGAAGAGAUUUGGUUCUUUGGUUAUAAUUAUUUCUGCAUUGCAGGGGGUUGAAGUGCAUUACCCUUGGGAUACCUUCCCACUCUACAUCUCUAUGAUGGAUUGUAGAGGCCUUGUAAUUGUCCUCCAAAGACCACAGGCCUCUGAUAUAGGCCUUUCAAUUGUCUAGAAUUCUCCUUGUGGAGUUCACAAGAGCUCUUCGUGUGGAUUUUUUAUCACGAUCAUCACCACCACCAUCAUUAUAGCAGAGCAAAGGAAGAUAUCUAUAUCUAUAUCUAUAUCUAUAUCUAUAUCUAUAUCUAUAUCUAUAUCUAUAUCUAUAUCUAUAUCAUCUAUAUCUAUAUCUAUCUAUCUAUAUCUAUAUCAUCUAUAUCUAUAUCUAUAUCUCUAUAUUCUCUCUCUAUAUAUAACUUAAAUGAAGCUUUAAUUCUUUUUUUAAAAGUCUACUGUGGCUGAAUUUAAGAAAAAAGCAAACAAAUAAACAAUCCCAGGCUCUCAGUGCCCCACAGGUACUUCUUGCAACGGCCAUGAACCCAGGGAAAUAUAGAUGUAGGAAAAGAACAGCAGCCUCCCCGCCCCCUCAAAAAUUGCAGGUUUUGAAAGGAUCAAACUGUGUACAUACCAUGAAAGCACAUGACAUCCCCAAAAGAAUCCUGGGAGCUGUAGUCUGGGAUUUCAAGCUCUGUGAGGGGUAAACUAUUUCCAGGGAUUUUUUUGGGGGGGGGGGAGGAGUCGUGCUUAAAAUGUAUGGUGUAUACACAGCCCCAGUCCAUCAUCUUGGUUCAAAAUGGCAUCCAACCGUAUCCCAACAUAGAAGAAAGCCUGCUUCUUAAUCUCAAAUCUUAAUCUUAAUCUCGAGUUGGUCCUUCAUCCCCAUGCCAUCCCGACCCAGCCAUAGGACCUCUGUCUUUGAAGGAUUUAGUUUCAAUCGGCUCCCACGAAACCAUCUAGCCACAGCUUCCAAGCAUCUGGUCAGUGUGUUCGGGGCUGAGUCGGUGUGGCCAUCCAUCAGCAGAUAGAGCUGAGUGUCAUCAGCAUAUUGGUGACAGCCCAGCUCAAAGCUCCGGAUAAUCUGGGCAAGGGGGCGCAUAAAGAUGUUAAAAAGCAUCGGGGAGAGAAUUGCGCCCUGCGGCCCUCCACACACCAAGGAAUGGCACGACGACAUUUCCCUCCCUAGCUCCACCCUGAGUCCUCGACCAGAGAUAAAAGAGCACAGCCAUUUACGGGCUUUGCCCUGUAUCCCCACGUCUGCGAGGCGGUGGUCCAGAAGAUCAUGAUCGACCAUGUCAAAGGCCGCUGACAAAUCUAAAAGGAUCAGCCUUCCUGACCCGCCCCGAUCCAGUUGUCUACGGAGAUCAUCUGUUAGGGCAACCAGAGCCGUCUCGGUCCCAAAACCAGGACGGAACCCGGACUGAAAUGGAUCUAAAGCCGAUGUUUCCUCCAGAAACCUACCAAACUGUUCAGCAACCACUCUCUCAAUUACCUUACCCAGAUAUGGAAGAUUUGAAACUGGGCGGUAAUUGGAUAGGUCUAAAGGAUCUAAUGAAGUUUUCUUUAAGAGUGGUAGUAGUAGUAGCAGUAGUAGUAGUAGUAGUAAUGCAAUUAAGGCUGCACAUAUAGGAAACAAAGGAAGCCUGCUGUCAGGACUGGAGUCAGAUGCAGGUCAGCAAGCAAGAAACAAGAGUUUCUCCGAGAAGCUAACUCGUUAUUCAAAGAAGCGGCAUACAACUCAGCAAUACAUCCCAGCAAGUUUUGCCCCAGUAGAGCAGUUCUCAGGACUGAGGUUCCCCACCUUCACCCACCUCCAAGCCUCCUACUUUGCCAGAAGUUUCCCAAGCAGUCUCAAACUGCAACGGGGCAUCUCCAAUCUCUGUUCCACUCUGUGCAUCACUCUGUGUGUCCUUGGAGACAAGUGGGGAGGGGAGCUUGUCACAGUAGGACAAUCUGUAUUCUUCUGCAGCCUUUGCCCCACCCCCACCUCUGCUUCAGCCUCUGAGUCAGAACUGCUCUCUGUCACAGGCUCUCCUUGCUCACCAAAUCCUGUUGCCCCUUCAGCCUCCAACAACUCAUAGAAUCAUAAAAUCGUAGAGUUGGAAGGAACCUCAAGGGUCAUCCAAUCCAACCCCUGCAAUGCAGGAAUCUCAGCUAAAGCAUCCAUGACAGAUGAUCAUCCAACCUCUGCUUAAAAACCUCCAAGAAAGGAGUCCACCACCACUUGUGGGAGUCUGUUCCACUGCUGAACAACUCUUACUGUCAGAAAGUCCUGCCCUCCAGAGCAGGAGAAAACAGCUUGUUCCCUCUUCCAUGUGACAGCCCUUGAGAUAUUGGAAGAUGGCUGUCAUAUCUCUCUUAUUCUCCUCUUUUCCAGGCUAAACAUACCCAGCUCCUUCAAGCACUCCUCGUAAGGCUUGGUUUGUAGACCCUUGAUCAUUUUGGUUGCCCUCCUCUGCACACAUUUCAGCUUGUCAACAUCCUUCUUAAAUUGUGGUGCAUGCCCAGAAUUGGACACAGUAUUCCAGAUGUGGUCUGACCAAGUUAGAAGAGAGUGGUACUAUUACUUCCCUUGAUCUGGACACUAGGCUUUUGUUGAUGCAGCCUAGAAUAGCAUUGGAUUUUUUUUGCUGCUGCAUCACACCGUUGACUCAUGUUCAGCUUGUGGUCCACUAAGACCCCUAGAUCCUUUUCAAAUGUACCACUGGCAAGCCAGGUGUCCCCCAUCUUAUAUUUAUGUAUCUGGUUCUUCCUGCCUAAAUGCAGAACUGUACAUUUGUCCCUAUUGAAAUUCCUUUUGUUAACUUGUGCCCAGUUCUCCAAUCUGUUAAGGUCAUUUUGAAUCCCGAUUCUGUCUUCUGCAUUAUUAGCUACCCCUCCCAGUUUGGUGUCAUCUGCAAAUUUCAUGAGCAUUCCCUUAAUUCCUUUGUCCAAGUCUUUUUAAUAAACACAUUGAACAACAACGUGCCCAGGACACCACCAUGCAGCACCCCACUUGUCACUUUUCCCCAGGAUGGUGAGGAACCAUUAAUGAGUACUCUUUGGGUUCAGUCAGUCAUCCAGCUACAAAUCCACCUAAAAGUUACCUCGUUCAACCUACAUUUUACUAGCUUCCUCAGGGGGGACUUUGUCAAAAGCCUUACUGAAGUUAAGAUACACUAUGUCUACAGCAUUCCCCAUAUCCACCCAAUUUGUAACUCUAUCAAAAAAAGGAAUGAGAUUCAUCUGACAUGACUUGUUUUUGAGAAACCCAUGCUGGGUCUUAGUCAUCACAGCAUCAUUUUCUAAGUGCUUACAGAUUGACUGUUGAAUUAUGUGUUCUAGGACAUUUUAUGGUAUUGAUGUCAAGCUCACCGGUCAGUAGUUACCUGGUUUUUCUGCCUCCCGCCUUUUGAAGUUGGGGACAUUUGUCCGCCUCCAGUCUGCAGGGACCUCCCCUGUUCUCUAAGAAUUCUCAAAGGUCAUAGACAAAGGGUCUGAGAUUACACCUGCAAGCUCCUUCAUCAGGUUGAUCAAGUUCAUCAGGUCCUGGAGAUCUGAAUUUAUUUAAAGUAGCUGAGUGCUCUCUUACCACCUCUUUUCCUAUAUUGCGCUGCAGCUCCCUCCUUACAUCAAUUAUUCUGUUAUCACCAGGUUGGGCAUCACUUUCCUUUUGGGUGAAGACAGAGGCAAAGUAGGUGCUGAGCAGUUCCGCUUUCGCUCUGUCACCCAAUAGCGUUUCUCCAUCUUCUCCAUACAGAGGACCUAUAACUUGCUUGUUCUUCCUCUUGGUUCAAACAUAGCCACAGAAACCUUUUAAAUUAUUUUAAACCUCUCUUGCAAGCUCAUUCUGAGCUUUAGCCAGCCUGACCUUCACCUUGCAACUGUUGGCUAGUUGUGUCUACUCCUCUUUUGUGAUUUCCCCUUUCUUCCUUUUCUUACACAUUCUUGUUGGAAUUGUCUGCCUUUGGAAUUGUCUGCCUUCAAUAUUUCUCCUUAUAGAAUCUCCCAUCCUUCUUGGAUUCCCUUCUCUUUGACUAUUUCUGACCACAGGAUCUCACCCACAUGUCCUGGUGUUAUAUGAGAGGGUGAGGCUUUUCUUUAUCUUCUCUCUAUAUAUCAUGAAUAAUUUUAUAAACUUCUAUCAUGUCACCUCUUACUUGCCUUUUUUUCUAAAUAAAAAAGCCCCAAGCUCUGCAACCUUUCCUUGUAGGGGAAGAAAUACAUAUUUUCAUUAGUAUGUGAGCCUCUUAAUAAUUUCAUUCCUCUUUUCCUCAACCCCGAGAGUGCCUUUAUGUCCUGAUUCCGUAUCAAUACUUUCAUAGAAUCAUAGAAUCAUAGAAUCAUAGAGUUGGAAGAGACCACAAGGGCCAUCGAGUCCAACCCCCUGCCAAGCAGGAAACACCAUCAGAGCACUCCUGACAUAUGGUUGUCAAGCCUCUGCUUAAAGACCUCCAAAGAAGGAGACUCCACCACACUCCUUGGCAGCAAAUUCCAUUGUCGAACAGCUCUUACUGUCAGGAAGUUCUUCCUAAUGUUUAGGUGGAAUCUUCUUUCUUGUAGUUUGGAUCCAUUGCUCCGUGUUCGCUUCUCUGGAGCAGCAGAAAACAACCUUUCUCCCUCCUCUAUGUGACAUCCUUUUAUAUAUUUGAACAUGGCUAUCAUAUCACCCCUUAACCUCCUCUUCUCCAGGCUAAACAUGCCCAGCUCCCUUAGCCGUUCCUCAUAAGGCAUCGUUUCCAGGCCUUUGACCAUUUUGGUUGCCCUCCUCUGGACACGUUCCAGUUUGUCAGUGUCCUUCUUGAAUUGUGGUGCCCAGAACUGGACACAGUACUCCAGGUGAGGUCUGACCAGAGCAGAAUACAGUGGCACUAUUACUUCCCUUGAUCUAGAUGCUAUACUCCUAUUGAUGCAGCCCAGAAUUGCAUUGGCUUUUUAGCUGCCGUGUCACACUGUUGGCUCAUGUCAAGUUUGUGGUCAACCAAGACUCCUAGAUCCUUUUCACAUGUACUGCUCUCAAGCCAGGUGUCACCCAUCUUGUAUUUGUGCCUCUCAUUUUUUUUGCCCAAGUGCAAUACUUUACAUUUCUCCCUGUUAAAAUUCAUCUUGUUUGUUUUGGCCCAGUUCUCUAGUCUGUCACUUUGCCUUUCAGGAAUCACCGUUUUACUCUCCCUCACAGUGUUUAUGCUCCUGGUGGCUGAAAUUAUGCCAGCGACAUCUGAUUCAGUGCCAUUAAUAGGUGAGUAACAGCAGUAUUAAUGUUCAGUGAGCAAUUUUAUAUUCAAACUUGCAACAAGGCCACAAUAAUAUAGAUCAGGAAUUGUGUGUAUUCAGUAGAUUUACUGGUUUAGAAGUCUUGGCUUAUGGUUUGGGGGUAGGAAAUUGCACAGUUGGCAAAUAUUCGGUGAGGAAAGAAAUUACAAUGCUUAAAAGUAAAAGGUUUAUGCUGUGAUGCUGGUAGCCAAUUAAGUGGUUAAUUCUACUGCCAUGACCCAUAGCCUCCAACAUGUAGGGGCUUCUAAUCUCUUCAUUCAUUCUAUAAAAAGAGAGUCAGUGUGGUUACACCAGGGUUCAAAUCCGCAUUGGGUGACCUUGGGUCACUGCCUCUCAGUCUAACCCAACUCACAGAUUUGUUGUGAGGAUAAAAUGGAGAAGUGGAGAACCAGAGACACCACCUUGGGCUCCUUGGAGGAGAGGUGAGGUAUAAAUGCAAUGAAUAAAUAAAAGGAAUUAAAUACUGCACAUGUGCAGAAGUAUUUCCUGUCUUGCACUCAUCCCGUGCUUACUUUCUGGCAGGAUAGAAUAAAAUGCCCAUAUCCACAGGGGGCUCUGUGCACUUCAUCCUUUGGAUCCAGGAUGUAGGGCUAUCCAAUAUUUGUGGAGUUGGAAGGGACUACAAGGGUCAUCUAGUUCAACUCCCUGCCAUGCAGGAAUCUCCCCAAUGUAGGGCUCAAACCCAUGAUCCUGAGAUUAAGUCUCAUGCUGUACCAACUGCACUGUCCUCUCUCCCAUGGCUUUCCAGACUGUCCUUAGACUCAAGCUUCCAUCAGUCCCCAGCCAGCAUGGCCAAUGGCCAGGAAUGGUGGGAGUUGUAAUCCAACAGCGUUUGGACUACAAUGUUAGACUAUUAGGUGAAUGACAGCUAUUUGAAGUGGCACUGCAGCCUAAAUUCUCCCCAUAACCUGGUCAUUAUUUCCUCCUCCUCCUCUUCAUCUUCUUCUUCUCUCCAUUUGCAGCACAGUAUUUUGCAAGCACCAUGAUUAUUGUCGGACUUUCAGUUGUGGUUACCGUGAUCGUUUUGCAGUAUCACCACCAUGAUCCAGAUGGGGGGAAAAUGCCCAAGUGGGUAAGAGCCCAGAUGAUGCAUAUUUUCCCCUCCCUGUCUAUAUAUAACUGAAACCCUGCAGAUCACAGUCCUGCUACAGGAGCAGGCAAGUCAUUCUUGUUCCCCAGAUAUUAGUUGGAUGAGGCAGCAAACGGAAAUGGUUUGAUAACACAUAUGUCUUUGCAAGCAUAGUUCAGCCAUACAUCAGAGAUGGGGGACCUGUGGCCCUUCAGCCACCAUGGCCAAUGGUCAAGGAUGAUGGGAGGUGGAGUUCUGGAGGCAACAGGUCAGGAGCAUUGCUAGUGAGUGGCUCAGGGGACCUGAACCUUGGAUUUUUCUGCCUGGUCCCUGGUCUCCUAUCCUUCUAACUUCAAAAAACAUUUCUAAAAAUCUUUACUUAUGAAGUGGCUGGAUGUGCUUCAAACUGCAGUCAGAUCUCAGCCAAUGGAGCAGAUUCUACUCAUCCCAAACAAACAUAUGUAUGCAUUUGUGUCUUCAGACUUCACUAUGUUUAAAUACAUACUCCUUCUAUGUUGUCAAAUGAAAGGCAGUAUGUUAGGCUGUAUGGAAUAAGGCAUCAAGGUCCAUCAUGAUGCCCUCCCAUAAAAAUGAUCUCAGGACUUCUGCUUGAGACCUUUGUGAGCUAUUACCAGUCAGGGCUGAGUGUGCUAGGCAAGAUGGACCAUUGAUUUCGCUAAUCACCAGGUAGUUUCUUAACAAACAGUAGAGAGGAUGGAGACAGGAUAUUCAAAAGUGGUUUAUGAGUUUCUGUGAGAUCUUUUUUUUUUUUGCAUUAGGUGAUAUAUAUAUCCCCAACAUCUGGUUUAAGAAUAGCUCUUAAACAUUCCUGCACCGAGAGAGUUUGAACUGUCAAUAAAAAAUGCAAAACUGAAGAUGAUUAAAAAUAGUGUGUUAAAUUUGAUUGAAAACAGUAUUUUGAUUUUGGAGAGUUUGAGAUGAAAACAGGAGGAAACUGGGCAAAUUGCAAAGCCUAGACAUUAUUGUCUUAAGAGAGAGAGAUUGAGAUCUGAACAAAAAGGUUUUUGUAAAGUAGUUUAUCUGGAAGACACUUUGCACAUGUGUGGCUCAGAAGCCAAUGGGGAGGUUUGAUUUCACAAGACCCUGGCUCAUACACAACAGCCAAAAACAUUUUGGCCCCUGAGGUGGACCCCAAAAUGGAGCCCCUCUCCUCACUAGGGAAGAAAGGGUGAGGGAAGAACUACAUCAGGAACGGGGCGGGGAGGGGAGAGAAAGAUCUAAAUUGGAAUCCGCUGCCCCCGUGGAUCCUGCUGCCUGAGGCGGUUGCCUCAUCUUGCCUCAUGGGUGGGCCAGCCCUGCUCAUACAUUCAGCUAGGACAGUUUGGCAGUAGAAGAAGUAGAGAAGCAACAGGAGCCUUUUUGUAGCAUCCAGUACAACCUGGGCCAUCCAAGUGUGUACCUAAGUAAUAUGAUCUUUCCCUCACUCUUUUGAGGGGAGAAUUGUGUAAGCUGGCCUUCAUGUGACUGGCUAGUCAUGUAACUAGCACAUGUGGCCCUCCAGAUGUUGCUGAACUAAAACUCCCAUCAUCCCUUACCAUUGGCCAUGUUGGCUGAUGGAAGCAGGAGUCAAAUAACAUCUGGAGGGUCACAGGUAGGGACGGAAAGAAUCAUAGAACUGUAGAGUUGGUAGGGACCCCAGGGGUCAUCCAGCCCAGUCCUGCAAUGAAGAAUCACUGCUAAAGAAUCCCUGGCAGAUGGCCAUACAACCUCCAUUUAAAAACUUCCAGUGAAGGAGGGUCCACCACCUUCUACAGUAGUCCAUUUCAUAGUCCAACAGCACUUACUUUCUUCCUAAAGUUAUCUAGCAACAUCUGGAGAGCCACAGGCGCCCAUCCCUGUUGCGGCUGGAUAUUCUAGGCAUUGAACCUGGCACCUCCUGCAUGCUAAGAAUGUGCUCUUCCACUGUGCUUUGGGCUCCCCUUUAAAGACUGCUCCUCCUCCACACUCUUGUAGUGCUAGCCCCCAACUGAAUGUAUAAACCAGAGUGGAGUGCAGGCACAGGGCUCAUUGGCCAUUGCUAGACAAGCAAGUAACAUGGAAGGGGCCAGAUAUCUUCCAAGAUAUAAUAGCUACGGUGUGUUUUUAUACAUGUUUCCCAGACCAGAAUCAUCCUUCUCAACUGGUGUGCCUGGUUCCUGAGAAUGAAAAGACCAGGGGAGGACAAAGUGCGACCAGCAUGCCAGCAUAAACAGCGUCGAUGCAGUAUGUCCAGCAUAGAUGUAAACACUGUGAGUGGGCAGCAAUCCAGUAAUGGGAAUAUGCUCUACAUAGGCUUCAGAGGCCUGGAAGGUGUCCAUUGCACCCCUACCACUGAUUCCGGUGUGAUUUGUGGGAGAAUGACUUGCUCCCCGACUGACGAAGACAACCUCCUUCACAGUGGACAUCCGUCUGAAACUGACCCAGAACUGGCAAAGAUCCUAGAGGAGGUCCGAUAUAUCGCCAACCGGUUCCGAGACCAGGAUGAGGCAGAAGCCAUUUGCAAUGAAUGGAAGUUUGCUGCUUCUGUUGUGGACCGCCUCUGUUUGAUGGCUUUUUCGGUCUUCACAAUAAUUUGUACCAUUGGCAUCUUAAUGUCGGCCCCCAAUUUUGUAGAGGCUGUUUCUAAAGAUUUUGCUUGACCUGCACUUGUGAACUUGCAAAAAAAGUUUUUUUUAUGUUGGCAAUCUAUUAAAAUAUGUUAAGUAGCAAUAGCAUAUUCAGUGCACUUGGCUUAUAUAGGAUGACUGGAUGCAAACUUCUUUUGGGAGGUACAGUCUAAGAAAUGGACAGUAUCAGUGUUAAUAGCCUUGGCAACUGCUGGGGCCUUCUGUAUACUGCACCAUCUCCCCAAUUUACCAAAUCUGGUGCCC